AUGCCCAACGAGUCUUCCUUCAACAAGCCGUCGGCCCCGUCGGAGCAUCCCGGCCAGGGGGGUAAGGUGGGCACCUUCGGGAAAUCCUCUGGCCUGGCGGCCGCAGGGACCACCAGCAAUGCCGGGGGGCCGGCUCAGAGUUCGGCUGGCGCGGCCGCCCCGUCGGGGAAGAAGUCCCCCCGGCUGCCCAAGUGCGCGCGGUGCAGGAACCACGGCUACUCCUCGCCCCUGAAAGGGCACAAGCGCUUCUGCAUGUGGAGAGACUGUCAGUGCAAGAAGUGCAGCCUGAUCGCCGAGAGGCAGCGGGUGAUGGCCGCCCAGGUGAGCAGAAACCUCCCCGGGGGGGGACGAGAUGUGGGGAGACCCCCUUCCCGCCCCAUAAGGAUGCCCGGGCCGCUUGCGCGCAGCUCUGGCUUGCAAUGCGGCAGGUGGAGUCCCAGGGAAGUGAGCGGGCUUAGUCCUUUGCAUUUGGAAAGACUCGGGUCCAUCCGUGCUCCUCCUCCUCAGGAGUAAGGCCCACGGAUAGCACUGGGCCUUUCUCCCUAGUAAAGAUUUGCAACUCCAAAUACUUUUUUCCUGGAUUGUUCAGGCACUUUAGGGUGUGUGCGUCAUGAUUUCUAAAAUUAAGGAUCCAGUGACAGAUCAUCUAAUGGAAAGGCUGCAAUGGAAUGCUGGUUUUCCUGGGUGUAAGCCAUACUGAACACAGCCAAACUUACUUCUGAGUAAGAUGGUGCUAAAAAGCCCACCAUUCAUUGCCAAAUUUGAAGCUACCUUGAUAAUAUCUGAAAAUGCAUCACAUCCCGUUACAUUAAAAGAAAAAAAUUAUGUUACAGUUGUUAAAACAACAAAUGUGUUUUGGAGUUUGCUUAUUUGUUAGUUAAAAUAAUAUCCAUCAUGCGAUUUCUCUCUGUCGUCUCUGAGUCUUUCUUCCCCGCCCUUGUAUAUCAGGAUUUUGAGCUUGUAUUUUGUAGACCGUUAUCCACGAAGAACUUAUGAAUAACGGCUCCAUCUUAUUUUGCUAUAUCUACUGAUGAAAAAAAUAUAUUAGAAUUCGUGUAUGUGAUGUAAAAAUAGAGGGGAAAGGGUUGAACGUUGUUAAGGGAACUCUCUAAACUUAAAAAUCACAUUGGAUCUUGGGAAGAUUUGUCAUUUGUGUUCUAGAAAGGUAUAUGGCUACACUAAAAAGUGCACAUAGAAGAUUCUAAGUAGGCAUGUGUAGGAAUGCGCUGAGAGUCAAUGGGGAAACUUCAACUUCCAUGAUGAAGGCAAUUGAAAGACACAAAAACUCUCAAUUUCAAGCUCUGUUUUUAUUCAGCAGACAUUUUAGGAUUUGGGAUUCUUGCAAGUAGGUUGGCUUUAAUGGUUAUAUAUGAGCAAAAAUAUUUCAGUUUUUUUCUCUGGUCUUGUGCCAUUAACUUAUUUAGAAUACAUCAGGAAUGAAAAGCAAAAAAAAGGCAAAACAACCCAAGGUGUUGAGUUGCAGAUCACUGUGUAAAUACCACUCAAAUCAAUACAUUGUUGACUUGUUCUUUCUUUUCCCAUUAUAAAGCUGUUCUCCCUCCAUUUAAAAUGCUAUGUAAUAACUAGACCUGAUGCAAAAUCGGUUGGAAAAGAUCUGCUACAAAUGUUUUCAAAGUUCCCAGUUUUAGAGCGUUUUGAAAGUUUCAGUCACCAGUCCUUAGAUAACAAGUAGCCGACAUUCAAAUCGCAGUUAAACUAAGAUAUUUGAAUUUCUGUGGGUUUCCCAUUAACCUAAAUAAUAGGCAUCAUCUCUCUCUUAAUAGUUCUUAAUACAUUUAAAAAAUACCAGUGAUUAUACACACACACAAUAUUAAACCAGAUCUCAGAAUAGAGAUGUAGGAAUAGCCAUCUUUUUCGUUUAUAAUACAUUCGGCUAUACUUUAUUUCUAAGAUGGCUUGUGCUAGGACCUUAGUAUGGAUUAUAUUACUGUGAUUUCUCUUUGCUCACUUGUUAAGGAGAAAAACAGAGACUAUCCCAUAUUUCCUUGCAUUGUGUAACGUAUUCUGCCUUUCAAAAAGACACUCUUCCCAACAUUUAAUUCUGCUCUGCUCCAAAAUCACCCAUGCUUUCUUUCAAGCAUUCCAGAGGAAACACCGCUUGAUUGUAAAACACACACACCCAAAAAACCUCAAAUCAGUUUACAAAGAGAAAAACAACAAAAAAAUUAUAUGUAAAAUGAUCCUGAGAGAGAUUAAAAAUCAUCAAAUCACGUUAUUUAGUAAUAUAACUUUUUAACCUCAGUCCUAAAGCAAGCCCCCCACUGGAUUAGGUCCUUUAUUCAAGAAACCUCUACAGUUAUUUUUUUCCUGCAGCCGUUCCUUUUCUUCUAGAGAAACCACGCAGAUAUCUGAGCAGAAUCGGAGAACUCUGGAUUUCAAUAGUAGUUUUCACCUUUUAUUGGAGUGAAUUUGAGUCUCUCCACACACCCGGACCUGAAUUUGCCAUAAUUCCAGGUGCAAUCCAGAAUUCACUGAAGCAAAGGAAAUCUUUUCCUUGUUGUCUUUGGUCGGGAGUCCUGAGUCCUGAUGAUGGUGAUUUUAUUUGUACCCUGCUCAUCUGACUGGGUUGCCCCAGCUCCUCUGGGCAGCUUCCAACAUAUACAAAACCAUAAUUUAUAUAUAUAUAUAUUUAAAAAACCUUCCCUAUGUGAACUUCCAGUUUUAUAUGCAACUUUCUGCACGCAUGCAGACAAAUAUCAUAAAUGAGGAAAGGUCCAGCGCUGAGGGCCUUCUGGCGGUUCCCUCAUUGCGAGAAGUGAGGUUACAGGGAACCAGACAGAGGGCCUUCUCAGUAGUGGCGCCCACCCUGUGGAACACCCUCCCUUCAAAUGUGAAGGAAAUAAGUAGCUAUUGUAUCUUCAGAAGACAUCUGAAGGCAGACCUGUUCAGGGAAGCUUUUAAUAUUUGACGCUAUAUUGUUCUUAAUACUUGAUUGGGAGCCGCCCAGAGUGGCUGGGGAAACUCAGCCAGAUGGGAGGGGUAUAAAUAAAUAAAUAUUAUUAUUAUUAUUAUUAGGUGUGUUUGUGCGUGUUGCAGCCCUUCCCCCAGCCUCCUUUUGUGCUGGUGCAUGCAAACUGUUUAAAAUGCCGUUCCGGUUCUGCUCUGGCAUUUCCCAUCGAAGUUGCUGCCGCCGUCGUUCUUUCAAUCUGGAGAGGAAACACUGUUUUGCCCCUUCUCUUGUGGGAUGUGAAACACAAGAGCAGUCAAGUACAACAUUCCUAGAGUGAACAUGUUUACACAUGGGGAGGAAUGUUUGUCCAGCCAGCAGGUAAACUUCCUGUUUCCUUCUGGGCUGGGACAGACUUCCUGUGUGACUAGAGGUGGGUGUGGCCUCACCUGCGCAGGUAACGACAAAAACACAGGGCAGGGCAACCAUCUCUCUCUCUUUGACUACAUGCAUUGAAGAAGCAACAUCUGCUUAGCCAAAGAUGCUCUCUUGGCAAGAGAGGACAAAGGGACUGUCUCCUUAUGAGAUAGUUUCCAGGUGUAUGUUACUUUUCUAAGCUAAGUCUGCCUUCUGGGAUCCGAUUGUGAACAGAAUGUGAGUAAACUCUUUUUAUACUUUCAUAGAAGACUGUGUCGUGUCUUAUCUUUUAUGAGGGAAUAAGGGGAAAAUACCAGAACAGUUAUUAUAGAGGCUUUAGCGAGCCUGAGCAAAUGCAUCCGCUGCAAAUUUAAAAAGGGGAAUGUUACUCUGAUAAACUUGUUAACACAAGUUGGAAAGGCUAUUAUCAGACAAUAUAUCCUCUCCUGCAUCCCUGAACAUUCCCACAUCUCUUUCCCAGGUUGCCCUGCGAAGGCAGCAAGCUCAGGAAGAGGAGCUGGGCAUCAGCCACCCCAUCCCAUUGCCCAGCGCCACGGAAAUGUACGUGAAGAAAGAGAACAACGCCAGUGGGGGCCCUUCCUGCCUCUUGUUGGAGAGUGCCAGCCCACCACUGCCCACCACGUCAGCUUCCGCGGUGCCAACCUCGUCCACAGGUAAACGCGAUGCCAAAGGACCCGGCCCUCACCCCGUAAGAUGGCAGUAUUUAGAGGCUCUCCCAAGCCAAAUAGGAAGCCAUUGCCAUUUUUAUCCCUUUAGCCUUUCAUUCAGGAGCAUAACCAUGUGCUGCCUCACACCAGGUGAGAUCAUUUGUCCAUCUACCCAUGGCCGGAUUUAGGUUUGAUGAGGGAGGCCCUAAGCUCCUGAAGGUGAUGGGGCCCUUUCUAUGUCCAGCUGUCCUCUGUCAAGAACAAAUCGUCACGGUUUUUUGUGAUGAAUACAUGCUAUAUGGUAAUUUCUGGAUCGCAUCUGAGGGAUGCGGGUGGCGCUGUGGUGUAAACCACAGAGCCUCUUGGGCUUGCCGAUUGGAAGGUCGGCGGUUCGAAUCCCCUCGAUGGGAUGAGCUCCCGUUGCUUGGUCCCAGCUCCUGCCAACCUAGCAGUUCGAAAGCACAUCAAAGACCAAGGUACGGCUCCAGCGGGAAGGUAAACGGUGUUUCUGUGCGCUGCUCUGGUUCGCCAGAAGCGGAUUAGUCAUGCUGGCCACAUGACCCGGAAAAACUGCGAACAAACAUCGGCUCCCUCAGCCAGUAAAGUGAGAUGAGUGCCACAACCCCAGAGUCGUUCACGAUUGGACCUAACGGUCAGGGGUCCUUUACUUUUACCUUUAAUAGGUAUCUCAAGCCAUUUGCACAUGUUGCUGUGCAACCAGUCCAUGCAGAAUGUAGGCACCCUAUAUAUAUAGAAAGGACAAUCCAGUGAUAUUUGAGGGAGCAGGCAAGCAGUCGGGGCCCAUGACUUAUAUCACAGGAGCCUACACAACACAAAACAUGGUUGCUGUAUGUAGGUUUUAUUUUAUUUGGUUUUUUUAUCUUAUAUUUUGGAAAUGUACAUCCAGGUUUUUUUCUCUUUAAAUUUGUUGGGGCCCCCAAGAGAGUGGGGCCCUAAGCUAGAGCUUGUUUAGCUUAUACAUAAAUCCGGCACUGCAUCUACCCUGGUAUUACAGACUCUGGCCGGCAGCUGCUCUCCGUGUUCCCAGCAGAGAGAGUUCUUUUCCUGCUAGCUGACCAUUUUUUAAGAAGAGAUGCCAGGGAUCUGGGAUCUUUCUUCAUGUGCAGCAUGUGCUCUGCUUAUGCGCUGCAUCCUGUAUCCAAACGAAGUCAUCUGCAGUGUGUUUGUGCAGUUUGUGAGAGAGUGUGGCAUGCCCACCUCGUAUUUUUCUCCCGCAGGAGAACGCUCCCGGUUGUUAUUAGACAGAAACAACGUUGUUUUGGGAGAAGGGGAUAAAUACGGUGUGGUCUCCACCAUCCGGACCACCAGGACAUAGUUGAUUUCCCACAGCAAGUAUGAAGUGGGGGACACACACACACACACACACACACGGGGCAGCACUCCUCGCUUUGAUUUUGUGCUGCACCGUGCCGUCCGUGUUGUGUUGUGCCAUGUUCCCAGGCAGCCAUUUUGUGCCUGGAACCCUCAGCGAUGUUUGCCAAAUUGCGGAAUGUGCCAUCUGGUCAAAAAGGGUUCAGGAGGCUUACGGGGACUGCAAGGUCCGUGUCGUGCUCUCUACUGUUGCUACACAGAUAUUGGGGGGCAGCUGCACAUUAUGCUUCAGGCAGGUGCCUUUUUACAGGUGUGCAGCUCAAAUAUGUGCAUUUUUCCUCGGAAGUGGGCUGCGCUGGGUUCAAGGGAGCCUUGCUUCCGGAGAAAUGCGGUAGCAUAGCUGUCAACUUUUCCCUUUUCUUGCGAGGAAUCCUAUUUGGAAUAAGGGAAUUUCCCUUAAAAAAAGGGAAACGUUGACAGCUAUGGUGCUUUAGGCAGCCUGAGAAUAUUGUGGGAUUUGAUGGGAAGGGGACUGUCAGCAUCGAAUUAUUCACUGCCGCCGAACAAAUAUGAGCACCCGCAAUUCUUGCUCAGUAGGUCUGUUGAUUUCCACGGGGGUCAGAAUUCCUUUCUGGCAUUUCCAGAGUAGCAGCGGCUUCAAUUUCACCUUGUCGGGAUCCCUGCCCCCCCCUCUUCCUUGCCGCCCUGAGGUCUAGCAGUUUUUCUUGCAAACUUCAUCACACCGAACAUAGUUUACAGGGAGAGGAAUAGGAUGUGAAGGAGCCACACAAAUCAUACAAGGUACCGGGAAAAAAGUCUUUUUCUCACUGUAUCCAUUUUAUUGGCAGGUCAGAAAUAUUACAGCGCAUUGAGAGGCCAGAGACAAUUUUUCUAGGCUCUGGUGACAUGCAGUUCUUCAGGAAAAUAAAAAAUAAAAAAGCAGGCCGGGAAGCCGUGGUGCCUUGCCAGCAUGCACAUACCUCAUUGUAGUCAUGGUAACGAUGGUUAUUUUAAAAGGAGUUUGCCUGAGUUGGGGGGAAGAAUAGGAAAAAGCUGCAGUAGGGCCUGAACUUUAGGUCGGGGGAAAACGCUCUGGAAUUGUCCAUCCCUGUUCUCCAGAAACUUGCUCCCAAGCAAUUGUGCUUGGAAUUGCAGCCUUAACAUGUGGGCAGUUUAUGAUGGUCAAGCGCCAAAAUAAGGGCCACCACUUGCAGGAAUUCAGGGUAAAUCUGUUUAAACAGUUAUGGAUUAAUAUCCGUGAUGGGGAUGGGAUGCCCGUGGAAGCCUCUAACCCACUUUCCUAGCUAAUGCUAGAGGAAAAUUUGAACCAAGCAUUUUUGCAGUGGGAUAGUCUGCUGGACCUGAGGGUCAUAUUCGACGUGUGGCAUUAAUCUGUCACCUGGAAGAAGUGAGCAUGUGGGUCCUUUUUUAAGAGCAAAAGUAGUUGAACUGAGAUACAGUGGACACUCAGGUUGCGAACGUGAUCUGUGCGGGAAGCAUGUUCGCAACCCGCAGUGCCACGUCUGGGCACGCACAGGUUGCGAUUUGGCACUUCUGUGCAUGCACAAAGCGUGAUUUAGCACUUCUGCGCAAGUGCCAAAACCCGGAAGUAACCCGUUCCACUACUUUGGGGUUCAGCAGGGUGCGCAACCCAAAAUCAUGCAACCCAAAGCGUCUGUAACCUGAGGUAUGACUGUACUUGACGGAGACGAGGUGUGUGGGUGGCAGGGAAUUACCGUAUUUUUUGCACCAUAACACUCACUUUUUUCCUCCUAAAAAGUAAGGGGAAAUGUCUGUGCGUGUUAUGGAGGGAAUGCCUACGGGUGGCAUGCCUACGGAUUUUCCUCCUCUAAAAACUACGUGCGUGUUAUGGUCGGGUGCGUGUUAUAGAGCGAAAAAUACAGUAAUGGUCUUCUUCUUUGGCGAUCCCUCGUAGCCGAGUAAGAUUGUCUUCCAUGAACAUGGUUUUAACAGCAAAGUCCGUAAGUGACUGUGGAGGCCAAUUCUGGAUUCUCUCGUGGCCUACAAAGAAUUGAUAAAUCACAUGUGAAAGGUUUAUACUUUCAAACGCAUCCCAAGUCUUCAUUUCCAAGUACGCUUUUUUGAUUCGUUUGAAUAUAUAAUUUCAUUAAUGGAUCUAUUUUUAUCAGUUAGUUGUAUAAUCUUACAUUUCUAGAAACGAAGACUUUUCCAUAGGAAAAUAUAGCAGAGGAGAAUUCUUCCUUCCCCAUCACUGGUAACCUGGACGUUGUAAGAAUCACACUCAAGCCCUGUGGGUGCUCCGAUGGCCACAGACAGCUUCCGGAGCAACCAUGUUCUAUAUUAACAUUGGGCAUUUAAAGGGCACGUGGUUCUAGUCCUCAUGGAACUUGGUUGCCCCAGAUAUAAGGUAAAGGGACCCCUGACCAUUAGGUCCAGUCGUGACCGACUCUGGGGUUGCGGCGCUCAUCUCGCUUUAUUGGCCGAGGGAGCCGGCAUACAGCUUCCGGGUCAUGUGGGCAGCAUGACUAAGCCACUUCUGACGAACCAGAGCAGCGCACGGAAAAGCCGUUUACCUUCCCACCGGAGCAGUACCCAUUUAUCUACUUGCACUUUGACGUGCUUUCGAACUGCUAGGUUGGCAGGAGCAGGGACCGAGCAAUGGGAGCUCGCCUCGUCGCGGGGAUUCGAACCGCUGACUUUCUGAUCGGCAAGUCCUAGGCUCUGUGGUUUAACCCACAGCGCCACCCGCAUCCCUUGCCCCAGAUAUGCACAUGGGGAAUUAGUGGGUUGAAAAUCAGACUUUUAACGUGAUUAUUAAGAUGUCAUUGAGAAGACUUGUCUCUCAGCCCUUUUCUUUCUUGCCAUAUUGACUCUGAACAUGUGGUCAUCUGUGGAUGUUCGGAAGUGGUACGUGUUGUCCCAUCCCUCGGUCUUUUAAUCAGCUCCUUGAAAACACCGAUUCCAGAGUUCCUGGCUAAGGAGAACAAAUGGAGUCUGCUAGACCUGAGCCUUAAAGCCACCGUACAGUUCGUCCAGGGUACGGUUUGUACAAAAUAAAUAACAAAAACAGAUUGAGUCUCGCCCAGUUUCUCUCCAGUUUUCUUGAAAUCCUACUUUGGAAUCCAGCCCUGAGUUGCUGUUUUUUUUGAAUAUCUUAUUAUGAAAGGUGGGCAUAGAUAAAUCUGAGCAGAUCAAGAGACGGGUGACAAAAAUGAUGUACGGCUUGUAGAAAAAGAGACUGCGGGUUGAUAUAACAGUCUAUAAAUAUUUGAGAGGUAAUAAUAGGGAAGAGGGGGAGGGAUUAUUUACAGUGUUUGAGGCAAUAACAAAGAGCAGUGGCUUGAAACUGAAAAAAACCCUAAAAGUACAAGGAAAAUAAUUUAAUUAAAAGACACUUCCUUUCCUAACUAGAAAUGCAAUUAGGCAGUUGAAUGGCCUGCAUGGGGGAAAGAAAGUUCUUCAAGCAUCAUUGCUGGAGGGAUUUAAGAUAAUUGCCUGGGGUGGUGCUGAAGCCAACUCUUUAGACUUGCAGAGGUUAUAUAUUUCUGCUUACCACCCCAGCCAAAGGUAGCUGAUUAGCCAUAUUCAACUUUGCUGUGCAAUAGACCAAACUGGGCUGUGUCCGAAUGAGGGUGAAUGGAUUGUCGGAGGGUCUGGAAGAAAAGCAGCAGCUGUGGGUGUGUGCUCUGGAGAAGAUAAGCUGUAGACGAUAGCAAACUUAUAUACAUUAAGGGUUGUCAGAGAAGAUGGAGCAGGCAUGUUAUGCGUUGCUGCAGGGGGAAGAAUGAGCAGGGAAGCAAAUUUCAUCUAAACAUUGGGGGGGGGAACCAACUUAAUGGUAUGAGCUGUUCAUCCAGUGGAACAGACUGCCUAUGAAGAUGAUGGAGAUACUCAAGGCUAGAUGGCCACUAGUAAGAGAUGCUGUGGUUGCAUCCUUUAUGGUUCUUCUUUGGCGAUACCUCGUAGCCCAGUGAGAUUGUCUUCUAUAAACACGGUUUUAACCAUCAGUCCGUACUUGACUGUGGAGGCCAAUUCUGGAACCACACAGUGGGGGACAUUGGUUUCUGGGCGGGAGUUGAUCGCGGUGUGGAUUUGCCAAGCAUGCCUUCCUCUUAGCACGUUUCGCCCUUGCGUCUUGAGUUCGAGUGUCUUCAAAGUCCAUGACACCUUUGGUAAAGGCUGUUCUCCAACUGGAGCGCUUGCAGGCCAGUGUUUCCCAGUUGUCAGUGUUUAUACUACUUUUUUUUAGAUUUGCCUUGAGAGUGUCUUUAAACCUCUUUUGUUGACCACCAGCAUUGCGCUUUCCAUUUUUAAGUUCGGAAUAGAGUACGGUAGUUGCUUUGGAAGACGAUAAUCAGGCAUCCGAACAACAUGACCAGUCCAACGAAGUUGAUGUUGAAGAAUCAUUGCUUCGACACUGGUGAUCUUUGCUUCAUCCAGUACACUGACAUUAGUUUGCCUGUCUUCCCAAGCGAUGUGCAAAAAAAUUCGGAGAACCUGUUGAUGGAAUCUUUCAAGGAGUUGGAGAUGCCGUUUAUACUAUUUGUUCCAAAUGUUCUGCAUUUGUAAGCAAUACUUUGCAAUGGGGAAGACUUGGAAUGACCUUAGGGCUGUGGGGCACUUUGCACAUGCCACAUGUCUGAAGCACAUUCCCUCCUCCACACAGGGUUUGUUAAGAGUCCUGGGAGUGCUAUCUCUACGGAUUCCUUGAAGAGAAAGACGUGCUGUAAUUGCAUGAUGCGCACACAUCCACUGACAAUGCCAAAGCUAGCUGGAGGUUUUUGCGAUUGUAACGUCCAAACGCAAUCCCUUUUCAGCAAUACUUGGGUGUGAGAAGCAAGUGCAGGGCUUUCCAAACCUGGUUCUCAAGCUAAAUAUUUUUUUGUGGACUACAGUUCCCAUAAUCCCUGACCACUGGUCCAGCUAGCUAGGGAUGAUGGGAGUAGUUCAGAAGCAGCUGGAGACCCAAGUAUGGAAAGCCCUGGAGUGCUUUGCAGAGCUGAAGGCAAUCCCUUACUUGGCCUCUUUGGGCUGGAGUCUGUGCACAUUUUCCCAUUGAACAUAGAGGGGCUCACUUCUAAGUAGGCAUGCCAGAGAAGCGAAAAAGGCAACAAGAACAAAGAAAAGGUUUUUCACCAGUUGCUGGAAAGUUUAGUUUCGGCCCUCUGCACACUCUUUGUAGAACAGACGAGGUAACUACGAGGAGUAAGAGCUAGUAGCCGUUAAUAGUGCCCAAUAUUUUAAUUGGGCCUGAGAAUUUUUUAAUUGAUUACAUUGAGCUGAUUAGUAGUGAAUGUUGCCUCACUCAUUGGCACCAUUCUCAGAGUGCCAGGAUCGGCCAUAUAAUAAUAAUUAUUUCUACUGCGCCCAUAUCACCCGGGACCGCUUUGCAAAAAAGGAAGAAAGCUGAUUCUGUUUCAAAUUGGUUGUGAUUAAUUCUGAGCAAAGGGAAAGCAUAGAGAGAUAAAUGUAUUUCUAGGAUAGAGCGUAAGUUUGAUUGCUGAUCACAUUUUAAACUAUCUUUAGUGUCACUUCCAAAUGCAAAUUCUUUGCAUUUGUAACUUGGGUCUCUCAUCAGUUUUUGCUUUUUCCCAUCAGCGGCUCUGAGCUGCAAAGCUCACCCAUUGCCCCCGUCUGCUUUAUUUCAGCUUUGAGCGGGAUGUUCCCUGCCUUGCCAUUUUCUGCUUUUUAGAAACCACCUGGGCUUCUUUCAUCAUGUUGCUCCUAAUGAAGUGGCCUCUUGUGAGUUCCUAUCAGUUGCCACCUCCCUUAGUUUAUUUUUAGUGUGAGCUAUAAUGAUUUUAUCCUAGUCGUAUUUUCUCCAAGGCCUUCGCUUGCAGAUACUUGAACAGCUCAUACUCCCCUCUCAAUAUUGCCUUUGAUAUUCCCUUAAUGAAAUUUGUUCCAUUCUGAUUGUAACCACGCUGGUUUUGUUUCUCCCCCUGAAGGUUUUUUGGUUGCUGUUGUGUUUUUUUUGCUUUGGGAUUGUAAGAGGCAUUAUUGCUGGGCUUUUCUGCUGCCUUACCUUACAAAUCUUAAUUUCCAGAAUAUCCAAAUAGUCUUGCACUCGUAGUCUACUUGAUGACAACAACACCUUUAGGGUUAAGUUUACGUGUGGCUCUAUCAUUUAUCUUCCCCACCAUGUAGCACAUUGUGUAACACACGCUAGUCCCCAUAUGUUUUACUUUUGGGACAGGUUUUGAUUUUGAGUGGGAAACUGGCUAGAAAGGAGAAGGCCACACUGGUACUUCUUGCCAGCAGAUGAUGCAACUAGGCAUAACGUUUAGUUUUGGCAUUGCAUGGGCCAAACAUCAAGGAUUUUCUGUUGCUGCAGCAAUGGCAGAACUAGGUUGAAAAGUACCCUUUCCUAUUUCAGGCUGCUGCUUCUUUGGUGAUCACUCGUAGCCGAGUAAGAUUGUCUUCCAUAAACACGGUUUUAACAAUGAGUCCGUAAGUGACUGUGGAGGCCAAUUCUGGAUCCACACGUCCUUCCACAGUGGGGACAUUGGUUUCCAGGUGGGAGUUGAUCACGGUGUGGAUUUGCCAAGCAUGCCUCCCUCUUAGCACGUUUCUCCCUUGCGUCCUGAGUUCGAGUGUCUUCAAAGCCCAUGACACCUUUGGUAAAGGCUGUUCUCUAAUUGGAGCACUCACAGGCCAGUGUUUCCCAGUUGUCAGUGUUUAUACUACAUUUUUUUAGAUUUGCCUUGAGAGUGUCUUUAAACCUCUUUUGUUGACCACCAGCAUUGCACUUUCCAUUUUUAAGUUUGGAAUAGAGGAGUCGCUUUGGAAGAUGAUAAUCAGGCAUCUGCACAACAUGACUAGUCCAACAAAGUUGAUGUUGAAGAAUCAUUGCUUCAACACUGGUGGUCUUUGCUUCUUCCAGUACACUGGUAUUACUUCACCUGUCUUCCCAGGCAAGUAGAGGAGAACAUCUGCCAAUAAUAUGGACUUAUAUUGGAUUUGGAAACCCUUCUGGUUUCAUGCAUACCUCUUUUCCCCAGCCCUAGAUUUUCAUUGGAACCAUUGUGGGGAGAUUUAGGGAGAACUGGGUCUGUCCAGUGUGCCCAAUCUUUCCCACCCCAUGUGGACCUUUGACAUACAGACAGGACUACCCACUUGCCAUCAACCCAAGAUAGCAAUGACACCAGGUUUACUUUAUUGGGUUUACGAGAGCCAUGUGGAAACUGUUUUUAAAUUCCCUGAUGUGCCGGGGGGGGUGUGCUAAUCUGCGGUGCCUAAUUGCUCAGUAAUUAACGUUGUACGGCGAUCCCUAAUGGGAGAACUCUGACACCUUGAUAUAAUUAGUAGAAGCAAUGAUAUAAUGGGAAGCAGCUCAUUCCUGGAGACGGUGACUGCAGUCAGCGGAGGUGCCAACUUAUCGCUGAUGGGCGUGGGGGAAAGGCUCUUCGUUUUUCCACUCUAUUUAAAACACAACUGAGCGUUGUUCCCAGCAGAAGGGAUAAACCUUGAGAAACACUUGAGCUGAAGCCAUUGACGUCUUUCUAGAUAAAGCCAGUGUCCGCCCACAGACGGCUCUGCUAUGGCCUGAAUACCACAUAUUUUCUUUGGAGUUUCAAAGGAAGUUGUCAUUGGUUGCUUUGCUUUGUUGGACGGUGACCAGGUUGGUCGUGGAGAGAAGAGACCAUGAUGGAGCAAGAACUAGCAAGUGCAAAAGUGCCUUUUUAAAUAGGGACCUGGCCCAGGAAGGAGUGUCAUGCCGUUUUAUUCCAUAUAAGGAAAAGGUAAAGGAUCCCUGGAGGGACGCGGGUGGCGCUGUGGUCUAAACCACAGAGCCUAGGGCUUGCCAAUCAGAAGGUCAGCAGUUCGAAUCCCCGCAAUGAGCUCCCGUUGCUCAGUCCCUGCUCCUGCCAACCUAGCAGUUCAAAAGCAUGAAGUACAAGUAGAUAAAUGGGUACCACUCCGGCGGGAAGGUAAACAGUGUUUCCGUGCACUGCUCUGGUUUGCCAGAAGCAGCUUAGUCAUGCUGGCCACAUGACCCGGAAGCUGUAUGCCGGCUCCUUUGGCCAGUAAAGCGAGAUGAGUGCCGCAACCCCAGAGUCGGCCAUGACUGGACCUAACGGUCAGGGGUCCCUUUACCUUUACUUUAAAGGACCCCUGGAUGGUUAAGUCCAGUCGAAUUUGACUACGGGGUGCGCCACCCAUCUCUGCUUCAGGCUGAGGGAGCCGGCAUUUGUCCACAGACAACUUUCCAGGUCAUGUGGCCAGCAGGACUAAAACGCUUCUGUCCCAACGGGACAUCGUGAUGGAAACCAGAGUGCACAGAAACGCCAAUUACCUUCCCGCCGCUGCGGUACCUAUUUAUCUGCUUGCACUGGUGUGCUUUUGAACUGCUAGGUUGGCAGGGGCUGGGACAGACCAACGGGAGCUCACCCCGUCACAGGGAUUCAAACCGCCAACCUUCUGAUCGGCAGGCCCAAGAGACCCCAGCGCCACCUGCAUCCCGGUAUAUAUUCCAUGCAUAUAUACCGUAAGCCAAGACACUAUAUAAAACCAGCAGCCUCUUACUUUGCUGCCUACGGGAUAGUGAACAUUGAUUCUAUUUUAUUUCUCCACUAAUGGAAUUUUUGUCUUACGGCAACACCAUGUCUUCAUGUAUUCAUAUUAGGCUACUAAGAUUGAACAAGGAAUAUCUUCUUCUGCAUGCGCUUGCAGAAUUGCAGAUUUUUAACGUGGGACGUGUCUGGAGUGGAUAAUGUUAAGGUGCAGCCCAGCCUGAGUUGAGCUUGGCAGGGAAAAUAUAUUUUGAUCGCCUUGCAGCUGACUUGCUAGCUGGACUGCCAGGUGUUUUGCGGGUGGGAGAGAUACUUGGAUCCUUUGCCCCGUGCGCCGUUGCCCAUGUGUCAUUCUGUGUGCAAUUUAAACAUUUGAAAAGUCCCUGACCUUUAGCUUGAGGUGUGACGAAAACACACAUUGGACCAGUAGCACAAAUGCGGAUGUUCGACGCGAACAAUUCUGGAAGGUGUCUUGUCCUGCCCCGAACAUUUGGCAGUGGGUACAAGUAACAUUUCUGACUCCUGAGCAAUGCAGCACACCCGAGUGGGGCCCCCAGGAUAAAUCACACGCUUAAACAAUUUACUGCCCACUUUUGUAUGUAGGGAGAGUAGAGCUCUUAAAGGUCAAAAAAGCUUCCUUGAUAACAUAAUGCAGUGAGCUGUAACUGCAUCAAAUCCUGGGGGUUGUAGAGCAGCCCAGGAGAAAUAAUUAUGCCUGGUAAUGGGUAAUUACAGAUAAUGGCUCUUUUUGGGGGUGGAAAAAACACACACACGCACACCCAGCCUUGUCUGGAAUGAAUAUUGCGUAGUACAUUAACUUUAUGGUAAGCUACAAGUUCAGCACUGAAACAGCACAAGUUGCAAGGAGAAUUGGUUUUAUUUUGUUUUAUUUGAAGACAGGGCUUAUAGGUGGUGGUGGUGGUGGGGAGACACAAGUAGAACGCCAGGCUUCUGCGGCCCCCCCCUUUUCUCCCCACGCUGCUGUUGGGAAACGCAGCCUUGAUUUUGCCUCCGGAAAAUGCUGGCAGCGAGGGGCUCAGCAACAAGAAUUGCUCUGUCAUGAUAGGUCUGGUGGGAGAAACACACAUUGUUCCCCCGGUUUCUGAUUAUGACUUUAGGGAGUUGUUUCACAGCAGCCUCAAUUCAAGGCUCUUGUCUGACCUCAGCGGCAGCCGGUUACUGCAGCCCGAAGUACAGGCAGGUCUGUUAGGGAGGGAGGGAGGAUGCUUCAAAGCCGGGGGGGGGGGGGAGAAUGCUGGGAAAUGGUUGGGUCAAGAUGAGUCGUCUUGGUACUCAGGCAGAUUGCGGCUUUUUUUCUUUCUUUUUUUGCAACUUUACCAAACAGUCUUAGUGUUGGCAAUUCUGAAUUCAAAGGCUUCCAUCUCAGAUCUGGGGUUCUGUGAAUUCCCAUGCAAACAGUGCCUUAACAUUGCCAUCCAAAUGUCCAGAACAGGAGACCGGCAGGCGCAGACACUCAGUGCCCCUGUCCAGCUUAGCAUAGAAUUGAAGAGUUGGAAAGGGACCCCAGGGUCAUCUAGUCCAACCCGCUGCAAUUCAGGAAUCUCAGCUGAAGCAUCCAUGAUAGAUGGCUGUCCAACCUCUGCUUGAAAACCUCCAAGGGAGGAGGGUCCACCACCUCCCGAGGGAAUCUGUUCUACUGUCGGACAGUUAUCACCCUCAGAAAGCUCUUCCUGAAGUUUAUCUGGAAUCUCCUUCCUUGUAGCUUGAAGCCAUGGGUUCGAGUCCUACCUCCCAGAGCAGGAGAAAACAAGCUUGCUCCAUCUUCCAUGAGGUGUUUCAAGAUGGGUGUCCUAUCUCCUCCCUGUCUCCUCGUGUUUGCAGUGGUGGCUAGCCAGCUAGGUCAUUCAGAGAAGCCACACCAUUUGGUUGAUUAAUCUGAUUUAGGGAUUUCACACAAACAUGCUCCACAAACUCGCAUGAACUCCAUGCUCCAUAGCACACACCACAACACACACAUAACUAGCUGUAAAGCAACAUAAUGUGAUAAAUAAUAAAACUGUAAUUUUAAUCACCAUAUCAAAAAGCACAGUUCCUGAUGGCAACAUAUCAUAUCUUCUGUAUAUAUUAGUAUCGUAAAGUCCAAGGAUUGUGAAGUCAUAAUGAGGCAAUGACAAACCUAGACAGCAUCUUAAAAAGCAGAGACAUCACCUUGCCAACAAAGGUCCGUAUAGUAGUUAAAGCUAUGGUUUUCCCAGUAACGAUGUAUGGAAGUCAGAGCUGGACCAUAAAGAAGGCUGAUCGCCAAACAAUUGAUGCUUUUGGAUUAUGGUGCUGGAGGAGACUCUUGAGAGUCCCAUGGACUGCAAGAAGAUCAAACCUCUCCAUUCUGAAGGAAAUCAGCCCGGAGUGCUCACUGGAAGGACAGAUCCGGAAGCUGAGGCUCCAGUACUUUGGCCACCUCAUGAGAAGAGAAGACUCCCUGGAAAAGACCCUGAUGUUGGGAAAGAUUGAGGACACAAGGAGAAGGGGACGACAGAGGAUGAGAUGGUUGGACAGUGUUCUCGAAGCUGCAAUCAUGAGUUUGACCAAACUGCAGGAGGCAGUGGAAGAUGGGAGUGCCUGGCGUGCUCUGGUCCAUGGGGUCACGAAGAGUCGGACACGACUAAACAACAAUGAGGCAAUAGUGGUGUUUGUUGCCCAUAGCACACACAGCCACGAUCCAUGUGGGACAUCAAGAAAAAACACCAUCGCCCUCAGAACUUGAUAACCUAUUUAGGGAUUAUUAAGGUCUCCAGCAUCUCCUUUGUUGCCCUGGCCACAACUAUUUUGACUCCAGAUGAUGCUCACAAGAGCCCGCGAGUUAACUAUUUCCUCACAUUAUUGAGCUACGUGUUUUUAGUUCGUUUUGGAUCUUUGGCACUAAUUGCAAACACCUCCCCUUCAUUCCCUCAAAUUCCUGUUUUGGGGUUGAUUUGUAACCCGUCUGCUGAGUGAGAGGCAGGAUGGUUCUGAAUGACAGUUGCUGGAAACUGCUCCACAGGUUUACUUAUUUUAUAGCUGACCCCACAGCUAGACUUUCUCUAGGAAUACACACUCUUUCCUGAAACGAAUUAUUGCUCACUGCCGUAAGUUAAUAUGCCGUAUGGCCGAAAGGCUUUUGUAGAACAUGGAGGAUCAAUAAUGAGGCAUUGAUCUGGAAUGAAAGAGACAGCUGAUUUUCACAUAUAGGAAUGCAGUGGGGAAGGUAGCAAAUGUUCUGCCUAAGGAUGUUAAAACAGGGAGAACUGAGUCACAGUGUUAAAAACAGAUUCUUCCCCCGACAGCUGAAAUCUUGAUUAUUAUUAUUUUACUUUAUUGAUAAAAUCAACAACACCAAAGACAGGCAUAGGCAAACUCGGCCCUCCAGAUGUUUUGUUUUGUUUUGUUUUGUUUUAAAUAAUUUUUUAUUAAGAUUUUAAACAAAGAAAAAAGAAAAACAACACAGACAAAAAAAAAACAAUACAAAAUUUAACAAUAAAAAGACAAAACAUAACAAUUAAAAACAAACUCUUUUCCGUUCCCAAUUUUAUAUUACUUAUUUUCUAGACUUCCUCAUACCUCCCUCUUUUGUAUUCCAAUCUACAUUAUUUGUCCAGCAGUUUCUUUUCCACUUUUUUAAACCCAAUCUUUAAUUUAAUAAAAUAUUAAAAUAUAUAACUUCAACUUUUUUAAACAUAAUCCUUAUUCUUAAUGUCAUAUACCUUUAAAUUUUUCCCUUUUAUUAUCAAAUUUCCAUUUCUUUAAACAUCCUUAAUCUUGAUCUUUAAUCUUAAUCUAUCCUUAACUUUAACCUGUAUAGCUGGAAACCAUUUAUUUUCAAUCCAACAUCACUCUAACAUUCCUUAAUUUUGCAAUGUUUCUGAAGAUAGUCUUUGAAUUUCUUCCAAUCUUCCUCCAUCGACUCUUCUCCCUGGUCACGGAUUCUGCCAGUCAUUUCCGCCAAUUCCAUAUAGUCCAUAAGUUUCAUCUGCCAUUCCUCCAGCGUGGGAAGUUCUUGUGUCUUCCAAUACUUUGCGAUGAGUAUUCUUGCUGCUGUUGUUGCAUACAUAAAGAAAGUUCUAUCCUUUUUAACACCAUUUGGCCCACUAUGCCCAGGAGAAAGGCCUCUGGUUUCUUAGGGAAGGUAUACUUAAAUACCUUUUUAAUUCAUUAUAUAUCAUUUCCCAGAAAGCCUUAAUCUUUGGGCACGUCCACCAAAGGUGAAAAAAUGUACCUUCAGUUUCUUUACAUUUCCAACAUUUGUUAUCGGGCAAGUGAUAGAUUUUCGCAAGCUUGACUGGGGUUAUGUACCACCUGUAUAUCAUUUUCAUAAUAUUCUCUCUUAAGGCAUUACAUGCCGUAAAUUUCAUACCAGUGGUCCAUAACUGUUCCCAGUCAGCAAACAUAAUGUUAUGUCCUACGUCCUGUGCCCAUUUAAUCAUAGCCGAUUUUACCGUUUCAUCUUGAGUAUUCCAUUUCAGCAGCAAGUUAUACAUUCUUGACAGAUUCUUAGUAUUGGGUUCUAACAAUUCUGUUUCUAAUUUUGAUUUUUCCACCUGGAAGCCAAUUUUCCUGUCUAAUUUAAAUGCCUCCAUUAUUUGAUAAUAAUGAAGCCAGUCUGAAAUCUUGAUUAUUAUUAUUUUACUUUAUUGAUAAAAUCAACAACACCAAAGACAGGCAUAGGCAAACUCGGCCCUCCAGAUGUUUUGGGACUACAACUCCCAUCAUCCUUAGCUAACAGGACCAGUGGUCAGGGAAGAUGGGAGUUGUAGUCCCAAAACAUCUGGAGGGCUGAGUUUGCCUAUGCCUGACCAAAGAUCUCCCUUCUAUUUCUGUGCAAAUUUCAUUGCCCAGAACCCUGAAUUUUAAAGCUACAUAUAAAUGCAUUAAAUGAACAAAUGAAACUUAAAGCUUCCCUCUGAUCUCAGAAGCUUUAAUCUCUUUUACGGUUUUCUCCCCAUCUGUGACAUCUGUGAACUGGUUUGUUUUCAGAUGUGUUAGCCAUUCAGUAUAUUUCUAUGCUGCCCGGGAUCAUUAUUAAAACUAUAAAAAAGUAUAAAGCUCAAUAACAUGUUGAAACCAGGGCUAAAAACCAUACCAAGCCAACAGCAGGAAACAGACCCCAUUUCGAAUUGGCAGCGGCAAUUAAUGUCCCCAACUCCCCGGGUGAAGAGAUGAGCCUUCAUGUAUCGGCAUCCUGGUGGGAGGGAGUUCCAUUGGCAAGGCACCACCACAGAAAAGGCCCUGUCUGAGUUCACGGGCAGGCCCUCCAAAACGGCUUCUCUUGAGAGCUCAGGGCCUGGGAUCUCUAGCGCAUGUAUUUAACCUGACUAUUUUGUGAAGCAACAGUUUUUAAUCCCUGUUUGUUGUGUUGCAGUUUAUGCAUUUCUGUAUUUAUCCCUCUAUUGUCUAUUUCUUUCCCAAACGGAGAGUUCUCCAGCUUUUUUCUGGAAAGGAAGAAUAUUUAGAUUGCUCAUAAUUUAUGUUGCCUUGCUAUGCACUUUUCAAGCCCUGGGCUAGCCUUGAAAUACUAUGCUGUCCUCACGCUGCAUAUAGUAUCUUGAUUUAUGGCAAGCGAAUUAGCCACAAGUUGCCUGGAGUGAUUUGUUUAUUGAUUGCAGAAGGCCUUUAAUUUCAACUGUGGCAUUUUUGUUGAAAUAUUUAAUACAUUGCAGUAUUGACAUUUUAGGAGUUAAUGCAUUACUAAUAUGGGGCUGCAGUUUGCCUCAAAAGAGGAAGCAAAAAGAAGUUCCUCUCUCCUCCAUGUUUUCUCAAAGGGCUUUCAUCAAAUUAUAUUAGAGUUUGGUGACGUCAUGCCUGAACGUAUGCAAAAAGAGAUCAAACCCAACACAGACUUGCAAAGCACCAGCAACCUGGGGUGUGCAAUAUUAAAAAAAAUAGAAAAUGGCAUCUAAUCCCAACACCUUACUGAACAUGUUCAUAUGAUUCAUUUAUAACUGGAUCGGGAAACCUUUCUUCUCUUGAAGGCAGUGUUAGAAACUCGGAAUAUAUAAGCUAGGUGCCAAAUGGCUCCUUAAACCGGGGUUGUUGUUGUUGUUUAGUCGUUUACUCGUGUCCGACUCUUCGUGACCGCAUGGACCAGAGCACGCCAGGCACUCCUGUCUUCCACUGCCUCCGGGUUUGGUCAAACUCAUGCUGGUAGUUUUGAGAACACUGUCCAGCCAUCUCGUCCUCUGUCGUCCCCUUCUCCUUGUGCCCUUCAUCUUUCCCAACAUCAGGGUUUUUGCCAGGGAGUCUUCUCUCCUCAUGAGGUGGCCAAAGUAUUGGAGUCUCAGCUUCCGGAUCUGUCCUUCCAGUGAGCACUCAGGGCUGAUUCCCUUCAGAAUGGAUCAGUUGGAUCUUCUUGCAGUCCAUGGGACUCUCAAGAGUCUCCUCCAGCACCAUAAUUCAAAAGCAUCAAUUCUUUGGCGAUCAGCCUUCUUUAUGGUCCAGCUCUCACUUCUAUACAUCACUACUGGGAAAACCAUAGCUUGAACUAUACGGACCUUUGUUGGCAAGGUGAUGAAUGCCUAGUUGCCAUUUUUGGGACCAAUACGACCAAAAGUCGUAUUUUUCCAUAGGACUUUUUUGGUUCCUGAAAUUCAUUCUGGUUGUGCAGAUAAAAUAUCACGACUCAAAUUCUACAGGAUGUGUUGCUUGUGUGUGAAAACAGGCAAGACCCAAGAAUGCCCAGGCAUGCGCCUCCAGACAGUGGAGACAUCAGGCCUCAUCCUGGUACCCAGGCAUCUUCUCUUGGUUGCCAGCGGCUGAUGGCCUGGUGCAAAAGGUGGCUGGCAAAUGCUGGUUGAAGGUCAUGAUCCCUUUGAGGUAAUCCGUCAGUGGUCGUAUUCUAGCACUUGGUGGGACCACUCCCUUUCCUCGCCUUUCUCUCCCUUCCCAGUGGGCUCCUAGGGGAAGGGCAAGUCCCUCUUGCCAGAGGUCUGAACGGAUUGUUUUGGAGAGAGCUUUGUCUUGCUCCCUGCAAGAUUUCCCCAGCUGCAUCAGGGUGGAUAAAAAUCAAUGAUUUUUAAAAAAAUAAAAAUGGGAUUUUAAAAAUUCAAAUUGGAUAUUUUUUUAAAAAAAUUUAAAUCGGAUUUUUAAAAUAAAAUACUCUCGGAGGAAAAAUCUUUCUAAAGAUAGUUGUCUAUUUAAGUUUCAUUAUAGUCCAAAGGCUAUUCAUCAGGAAAGAAUGUUUUAAGUUUUUCAUGUGUGCUAAAACUCAGCCUAAGUUAUAUAUAUAUAUAUAUAUAUAUAUAUAUAUAUAUAUAUAUAUAUAUACACGUUUAACCACAUCAGUUAACAAAUAUGGAUACAUAUGCUAUAAUGUUAUUGAUUAUUUUUCUCUUUCCAAUAAAAUACAGCAGAAAAGUUGUCCAAAUAUAAAGUUAACUUAUUAAACCUCACCAUAAUUUCAUAAUUACCUGUCAAUGUACUUCUAAUAGUACAGUGGUACCUCGGGUUACAGACGCUUCAGGUUACAGACGCUUUAGGUUACAGACUCCGCUAGUCCAGAAAUAGUACCUUGGGUUAAGAACUUUGCUUCAGGAUGAGAACAGAAAUUGUGCUCAGGCAGCAUGGCAGCAGCAGGAGGCCCCAUUAACUAAAGUGGUGCUUCAGGUUAAGAACAUAUCUCCGGAAUGAAUUAAGUACUUAACCCGAGGUACCACUGUAUAACCAAAUCAGUACUUUUUGAUAUAACUGUAAAAACUACUCUGAAAUUUGAUUAUUCCAAAAAUGAAACCUUCGUCUGGUUGUAAAUAUUAAGAUUAUACCAGCAAGAAUGAGUCUUUCUGUAAAAAAAAGAAAGAAAAUAAAAUCAAGUCUUACUGACUAAUGAUUUAAAUCGUGAUUUAAAUUGUGAUUUAAAUUGAUUUGAUUUAAAUCAAAUCCAACCUGACUUGCAUGAAGCCCCUCAGGUGUAUUUGCCCUAGGUGGUAGGUUUUAUGUGAACCGGUAUUUGUAAACUUGAAUCAGAACUAAUAUUAAGGCUGCUUGCUGUUUUUAUGUAUUACAUGAUUCUUUAACUAAAUGGGGUUAGUUUUCUGUGCCUGAACAUAUAAACCCAAAGGAAGUGAACUGUCCACCCAAAGUGCUGAUUUCUAGGAUUGAUGUGUGAGACUUGUUGUUUUCCCAUAGUGCAUUUCCUUGUUUGGAUCAGAUGGUGCCAGUCUUUGGAAAUCCAGCUGAAAUCAACGGAUGGAUGUAACCCAUCUAUAUAUAAAAAAGCUAAAUUUCUUACUGAGAACCUUUAGGGUAGAAGAAUGAUACUCAAUUUUGAAAAGAGGGGGCAGCAGUAUAUUCCAUUACAUGGCAGCAGGGUUUUUCACCAAUGAUGCUCAUUGAGUGACCAGGAGCCAGACACCGUGUCUCAGCCUGGCCUGCCUCCCAGAGGUGUUGUGAGGAUAAAACCGGGCCAUUAUUAUUAUUAUUAUUAUUAUUAUUAUUAUUAUUAUUUAACGCCUUAUAACUGCAGGUCUCAGGGUGGUUCACAAGACAAAAUCACAAUAUGAAAACACAAAAUACUGAAUCAAACUAAAAACAAAAACAACCCAAUAGCCACCCCCACAUUUAAAAAGGGCAUCGGAUGUCACAUAAGUGCGCCGCCUUGAGCUCUUUGCGGUGGAGGCAGGAUAAGACCGCAACAAUAAUAAAUAAUACUGAGGAGUGCAGAAUGAUUGCCAGUGACCCUGUUUGUAAUGUGUGAUAAGAACUUCCUUCUUUCCUUCCUUCCUUCCUUCCUUCCUUCCUUCCUUCCUUCCUUCCUUCCUUCCUUUCUUCCUUCCUUCCUUCCCUCCUUCCCUCCUCUUUCUUUCCUUCCUUCCCUCCCUCCCUCCCUCCCUCCCUCCUUCCUUCCUUCACUCACUCCCUCCUCUUUCUUUCUUUCUUUCCUCCCUCCCUCCCUCCCUCCUUCCUUCCUUCCUUCCCUCCUUCCUUCCUUCCUUUGACAUCUGAAGGGGCAUGGAGCAGGUCUGUUUCAUUGCAUCCUGUUUGUAAUGUGUGAGAAGACCUUCCUUCUUUCCUUCCUUCCCUCCCUCCUUCCCUCCUCUUUCUUUCCUUCCUUCUUCCCUCCCUCCCUCCCUCCCUCCCUCCCUUCACUCACCUUUCUUUCUUUCUUUCCUUCCUUCCUUCCUUCCUUCCUUCCUUCCUUCCUUCCCUCCCUCCCUCCCUCCCUCCCUCCCUCCCUCUUCCUUCCUUCCUUCCUUCCUUCCUUCCUUCCUUCCUUCCUUCCUUCCUUCCUUCCUUCCCUUCCUUCCCUCCCUCCUUCCUUCCUUCCUUCCUUCCUUCCUUCCUUCCUUCCUUCCUUCCUUCCUUCCCUCCCUCCCUCCCUCCUCUUUCUUUCUUUCUUCCCUCCCUCCCUCCCUCCUUCCUUCCUUCCUUUGACAUCUGAAGGGGCAUGGAGCAGGUCUGUUUCAUCGCAUCCCUCUGGUUCUGCCCUGUCUUUUGAGUCGUCUUUCCCUCCCAUCUGCUCCUGCCAAGCCUUUCUCUCUGCAAAUUUGAAAUGCGCUUCAGAGAUCAGAAGUGGUAUUUUGCCAGCUGCUCCUGCUGUUUCCUAACGACUCUCUUUCCCUCCCUGCCCUGUUCUUUGCAGAGGGCCGGAUGCUGAUCCCGGACCUUCCUUCCCUGGCCAGCAGAGGUCACCUGGAGAGCGCCUCCGACUUGGUCGUGGACUCCACUUACUACAGUAGCUUCUACCAGCCCUCCCUGUAUCCUUACUACAACAACCUCUACAACUACUCCCAGUACCAGAUGGCUGUGGCCAGCGAAGCCACUCCUGGGGAUAUGGGGGGCCCACUGGUGGGGUCCCCUGUUAAAAACAGCCUCCGGAGCCUCCCAGCGACCUAUAUGUCAAGCCAGUCAGGAAACCAGUGGCAGGUAUGGUAUGGAUUGCUUACUUAGAGAAAUAUGCAUCCUGGCUGAUAGGGGAAGAAAACGGAAAUUGCAGGCAGUUCUGUUGUUGUUGUUGUUGUUUAGCCGUUUAGUCGUGUCCGACUCUUCAUGACCCCAUGGACCAGAGCACGCCAGGCACUCCUGUCUUCCACUGCCUCCCGCAGUUUGGUCAAACUCAUGCUGGUAGCUUUGAGAACACUGUCCAACCAUCUCGUCCUCUGUCGUCCCCUUCUCCUUGUGCCCCCAAUCUUUCCCAACAUCAGGGUCUUUUCCAGGGAGUCUUCUCUUCUCAUGAGGUGGCCAAAGUAUUGGAGCCUCAGCUUCAGGAUCUGUCCUUCCAGUGAGCACUCAGGGCUGAUCUCCUUAAGAAUGGGUCGGUUUGAUCUUCUUGCAGUCAAUGGGACUCUCAAGAGUCUCCUCCAGCACCAUAAUUCAAAAGCAUCAAUUCUUCGGCGAUCAGCCUUCUUUUUUUUAAAAAGAGUUUAUUUAUUUAUUUUCAAUGCAGAAUCAUAACAAAAAUUACAAACAUUGAAUCCAAAAUAAUACUAUACAAACAAACAAAACGGAACAUACAAAAAAAAACAGAAAAGAAAAAGAAAAAAAGCAAAGGAAACAAAACAAAACUAAACAAAAACAAAAAAGCACACAUCUACAGAAAAAAACCAUAUCAUUACGUACAUUUACACAUAUUGACUUCCUUCCUUUGUUCUAAAACCUCAAAAAAUUUACUCUUACUAUAUUGUUGUGUCUGGUUAGAUUACUUCCAUCUUUGUACUUUUUUUUUUUUCACCAUUUUUUUUUCUUUAACCCUGUAAAGCAUCAUUCAUUACAUACCAAUAUAAUUCCUCCUGAACAAUGUUUUUCAUAUACUCUUUAGCACAACUCCAUUCUUUUAAUAAUUUCUGGUCCGAUUGUCCCCUUAUGAAUGCUGUGAGUCUUGCCAGAUUUAUGUAUUCACAAAAUUUAAUUUGCCAAUCUUUCACUGAUGGAAUUUUCCUCCCUUUCCAGUUUUUUGCUAUAAGCAUCCUGGCAGCUGUUGUUGCAUAAAGGAAUACUUUCCUUUGAUUUUCGGGAAUAUCAUUUGUAAUUAAACCUAAAAUGGCGAUCAGCCUUCUUUAUGGUCCAGCAGGCAGUUCUAGGGGUUGCUAAAAAAUAAGACAGAAUCAGGAAAAGUAUUUUAAAGGGGUCAGAAACAACAGCUUUUUAGGAUUCCAAAUAACUCUCCUGUCAUAUCAUGGCUCUGGUUUCAGAUUGGCUAAAAACACUGGCAGAGAGCAGCCAGCCUGGCACCUCUCAUUUUGCACCAACUGCUCAGAAGGGUGCCUGCACAUUUUGCUUCAUAACUUUCUUUCUAGGAGGGCAAGAGCCGUACAUUUUUAGAAAAACGAAAGCUCAAAAUAUAGAGCCUUCCACCCAGGGGUGUCGGUAAAGGUCUACAUGGGUGUCAUGGCACCCAUGGGUGCUGGGUUGGCAACCCUCGGUUUAUACGAUUUCAGAUCUCUCUGAUAAGCAUCCAGGGUGACUGUAUCUCAGGGUCCAUUUGCUAUUUGUUGUUUUUUUAGUUUACAAAUAAACGAAGAUUUGUUCAGGUGUCAUUUAAAGAAAACGCAGCAUGCCCCAUAUGCUCAGGGAAGAGGAUUCACACAUAAGCAAUUACUACAAAGUGGCCUAUAAAUAUCUACCAUAUUUGUUACAAUAUAAAAUAGAUAAUGUGCAUCUAACUCAAACCUAUAAAUAAGUAAGUAGCAAAGAGACAGGGAGAUAGGAGAUAAUUUGUUGUUUUUUAAAAGAGUCACAUUAUGUCAAAGUAUUAAGUCAGCCGUGAUAUUAUAUUUAUUGGGCUUGGUAGCUGUUGUCAAACGCCUUUCACCAAAGGCAAUGAGCAGUCGCUCUGAUUGUAGGGAAAGUUUUGUUUUCUGUCUUCUUGGCUUAUGGUCUACUAACUUCUCCUGUAGUUACAGGGGUAGGCAACCUAAGGCCCGGGGGCCGGAUCUGGCCCAAUCGCCUUCUCAAUCCGGCCUGCGGACGGUCCGGCAAUCAGCAUGUUUUUACAUGAGUAGAAUGUGUGCUUUUAUUUAAAAUGCAUCUCUGAGUUAUUUGUGGGGCAUAGGAAUUCAUUCAUUUCCCCCCAAAAAAAUAUAGUCCGGCCCCCCACAAGGUCUGAGGGACAGUGGACCAGCCCUCUGCUGAAAAAGUUUGCUGACCCCUGGGUUAGUUGCCCAGUUUCCAAAAACCAAGUGGUAGGCUUAGAAAUACAUCUCUUUCCAAUGCUUUUUGUCCAUUCAGCUGCUGUCAGAAAUAGGUGUUGUGGGAUAACCUCUGCAGGGUAUGCAGCCUUAGAGAAAACACACACCUUUAAAACACAUCCAACACAUAUUUAAAGCACAGAGCUACAUUUCCCAACACCCCAAACAAACUACAGUUCCCAGAAUCCUUAAAGGGGGGGACACACACCAUAUGCUUUCAAUGUGUGAUGUGGAUCUUCACGCAGUUCUGCAGUCAGGAAUCCUUUAAGUAAGCUUCAGAAAGCUUACCCAAAUAGGAAUUCUGGAUCCUUCUGCUGAAAGUUUUAUCCUUGAGGUUCAACUGUCAGGUCUCCCCUGCAGAUGACCUUUAUUAUUGUAGAAGCUUUAAUAAGUUUCUCUUCUAGCCAAGGACAGAGGGCAAAGAAAAGGGAGUCCGAAAGGUUGUGACAUUAAACCUUGGAUUACUAGAUGGCUAUGAAUUAAGACUCUGAAGCUUUAUGUUUUAAAUGUAACAUGAUAAAAAAAAACCAACACAAAUAUAAAUCAUCAUGUUCCCUUUUGGGUAGCUCUAUUUCCUUCCUGCGGCAGUGAUUAGGGAGAAAAUGCAAAACAACUGCCACGGAAAGCGAAAAUGAAAAAUUAAUUGGCUGUACCGAGAGAUAUAUUACAUUGUUAAUUACAAGAGGUGUUGAGCUUGUUGACCUAAACAACUUGUGUGUGAAGGAUUUUUAAAAAAACACCACCGGCAUCCUUUUAAGCGCUUUGGAGUGUGGUCUCUGAAAGUAGUUGCCUCCCCAGUGAAGAAAAUGCUGCCCUCCUCACCUCUGCCCUCCUUAGAGUCCUCCAACAGGAGUCUCCAAAAAUGUCCACAAUGAGGGCUGCAAUGAGUGGAAAGGGAUAUUCGUGUGACCAAAGGGGGCAUCUCCAUUUCAUGGGGCUCCUCUGGAGACCUCUUUACUAGAUUUGUGGAAAUCUAGACGGUGACUUAUGGGACGCGGGUGGCGCUGUGGGUUAAACCACAGAGCCUAGGGCUUGCUGAUCAGAAGGUCGACGGUUCGAAUCCCUGCAAUGGGAUGAGCUCCCGUUGCUCGGUCCCUGCUCCUGCCAACCUAGCAGUUCAAAAGCACAUCGAAGUGCAAGUAGAUAAAUAGGUACCGCUCCAGCGGGAAGGUAAACGGCAUUUCCGUGCGCUGCUCUGGUUCGCCAGAAGCGGCUUAGUCAUGCUGGCCACAUGACCUGUACACCAGCUCCCUCGGCCAGUAAAUGAGAUGAGAUGAGCGCCGCAACGCCAGAGUCGUCUGCGACUGGACCUAAUGGUCAGGGGUCCCUUUACCUUUAGACGGUGACUUAUUUCCAGAGGUUAGAGUUGCUGUUAAGGCAGACACGUCCAACCGAUCGACCGCGAUCGACAGGUGGACCAUAAAGAAGGCUGAUCGCCAAAAAAUUGAUGCUUUUGAAUUCUGGUGCUGGAGGAGACUCUUGAGAGUCCCAUGGACUGCAAGAAGAUCAAACCGAUCCAUUCUGAAGGAAAUCAGCCCUGAGUGCUCACUGGAAGGACAGAUCCUGAAGCUGAGGCUCCAAGACUGUGGCCACCUCAUGAGAAGAGAAGACUCCCUGGAAAAAACCCUGAUGUUGGGAAAGAUGGAGGACACAAGGAGAAGGGGACGACAGAGGAUGAGAUGGUUGGACAGUGUUCUUGAAGCUACCAGCAUGAGUUUGACCAAACUGCGGGAGGCAGUGGAAGACAGGAGUGCCUGGCGUGCUCUGGUCCAUGGGGUCACGAAGAGUCAGACACAACUAAACGACACAACAACAACAAACUGGUGAACCCUGGUUUGGACACGGUGCAAAGCCAAGGAUCGUGGCUUGCUGCUGUGCUCUUUCCGGGGGGAGGAGUGAAGUUGGAAGGAUCUCCUCACCCAGGGUUAGCUGUUAACCAUGGUUCCCUCCAAAAUACGAACCUGGCCCAUAUCCUGAAAGGGCUUGCAUCUAAUUUUUAUUUUUAUGAAGUGUGCUUUUGUGUGAAUAAAGGGGACAACAGAGAGUGCUUGAAGGCUAAUUUGUCAUUUGAGUGCGAAACAGAUUUUGCUUUUUAACCACCCUUGACCAGUCUAGGGAAAAAAAGGCCUGUCCAAAUUUAAGAAACUGAGCUAUAUAAGAAAUUCAGCUAUUGCAGGAUUCUGUUGCGAAUCUAAAAAUGCUUUGGGUUUGCCAUGCCAACAGCGUAAUCCUACAUUGUAUUUAUAAGCUAUAGCCUUCACAAUACAGAUUUAUGCUAAAAGUAACCUAAUGUUUCUGACAGCUCAAGUGUGACAUGAAUAUAAUCCAUAUUUCUUGGGGAAGCUAAUCUAGGCUGUUUAUUUUCCAAUAGUGCUGAUAGGGCCAUAUCUCUUGAUGUCACGGCAGUUGAGAUUCUGAUGGUAACAUAUUGUUUGUGGGUCAACGCUUUUGUCUUAAACAGUAGGUUGGAACAGAAUAGCAAAGGUUAAUUAAGUUUGUCUAUCACGGGGGGACAGAUAUAGAUGGCGCUUGCGUUUUCCACCCUGGAAUUCAAGGGAGACGGUGGGGAGGUCACCAUUUAUUUAUUUCCCCCCUCACGGUGGAAAGGUCUGCCGGUAGGUCUCAGGAUUAAAAUUUGGUGGCUCCACACAGUUCUUAGCAGUAAUAAUUUAGCAUAAUUUAACACAGGAAAUUCCAACUUUUGAAGCUCUGAGUGACCCACGGUUUCAAUGACUCUGGGGUGCCUAAUUUAUUUUAUUUUAUUUAUUUUGCUUGGCGGCUGCAUUUAGCCUUGGCCAGCCUUUCAGAGGCUGGAUGCCGGUGGUGGCUGCUCCAUAUCCUUGUCCAAGCACACACAUCAUGGAAUUUUAGAAUUGUAGAGUUGGAAGGGUCCCCCAGCGAUCAUCUAGUCCAACCCCCUUUGACACAGGAAUAGAACCUGCAACCUUAUCAAUCCAAUGACUGGGAAAGGGGACUCUUUGCAUAUCUCAUUGGGGUCUUGGACUAGGUGGACAGGUUGAAACGUCUCUGUCCACCUCCACACUGUGUCUCCGUAAUUUUCUAGUUUUGACCAAAUCAGUGAAGUCUUGCGGGGUGUGGGGGAGCGAGAUUUGUGGAGAGGGGGCUAUCAGGCCUGCAGGCUGGGUGUUAGCUACCCCAAGUUAACCUAUGAGAAAGGGCACUGCUUUGGGGUGUGGGAAAGCUGCCACGCAUCGACUGCGUCUGACUGUGAUAAUCCUGCGGACUCAGUUAAUGAAGAAUUGGGAUUUUUCCAGAAUCAGCAAAGGAGAUGCCAGCCUUGCAACCUGCCCUACUAUGAGAGAAUGAGCGCAGGGACUAGCAAUUCUCUCCACUCCCAGCAUCAGGCGCAUGUAAUAAUAAUAAUAAUAAUAAUAAUAAUAAUAAUAAUAAUAAUAUAUUAUGUAUACCCCGCCCAUCUGGCUGGGUUUCCCCAGCAACUCUAGGUGGCUCCCAACAGAAUAUUAAUAAUAGUAAUAAAAAAAAGAUAUCAAACAUUAAAAACUUCCCUAAACAGGGCUACCUUCAGAUGUCCUCUAAAAGUGAGGUAGUUGUUUAUUUCCUUGACAUCUCAUGGGAGGGCGUUCCACAGGGCAGGUGCCACCACCGAGAAGACCCUCUGCCUGGUUCCCUGUAGCUUUGCUUCUCGCAGUGAGGGAACCGCCAGAAGGUCCUCAGUGCUGGACCUCAGUGUCCGGGCAGAACGAUGGGGGUGGAGACGCUCCUUCAGGUCUACCGGGACGAGGCCGUUUAGGGCUUUCAAAGUCAGCACCAACACUUUGAAUUGUGCCCGGAAACGUCCUGGGAGCCAAUGCAGGUCUUUCAGGACUGGUGUUAUAUGGUCUCGGCAGCCGCUCCCAGUUCCUAGUCUAGCUGCCGCAUUCUGGAUUAGUUGUAGUUUCCGGGUCACCUUCAAAGGUAGCCCCACGUAGAGCGCAUGGCAUUAUUCCAAGUGGGAGAUAACCAGAGCAUGCACCACUCUGGCGAGACAGUCUGCAGGCAGGGAGAAUCUCAGCCUGCGUACCAGAUGGAGCUGGUAAACAGCUGCCCUGGACACAGAGUUGACCUGCGCCUCCAUGGACAGCUGUGAGUCCAAAAUGAUUCCCAGGCUGUGCACUUGUUCCUUCAGUUACCCCAUUCAGGACCAGGAAGUCAUGAACAACAGAUGCAUUUCCUUUGGGAGGCAAAGAACAUGCAGCAAGACUAAGGCACACCUAUUAUGAGUAUGCGCACGUGUUUUAAUGCCCCUGAGGGCAUGCAACAAGUCCAGCUUUCCAUUGGUCUCAGGUCCAUCCUGGCUGUGGAACAUGAACCUAGAAGAAGUCUAUAACAAGGGACAUUGGGAAGAUUUGCAUCAGCGCACAGUUUCUCAUUCUGAAAAGAGUCACAGUUACUCAUUCCCUGCUCAGAUCUUUUUGCCCUCUUCCCUCGCCACCAGAAUCAGUGGUGUAUUUUUGGGGACACACAUACACCCCGUAGCACACGAGGGCAAGGAUGCUCAGUGCGUUUUGGAGCUAAAAGACGCGACUCCCGUCAUCUUCAUUGGGCAAAUGAUCUUUCUGGUCCCCUUUGUAAUGCAGAGCUAAGGUCAAGCAUUUUUAUGUCUCGCCUGUUCUUUACUGUUACUAUAAAACAGGGUAGCUAAGCUCUAUAAAAAGGAAACCUUGUGGCUCAGAUUUACUGUGGUAUAUAUUCUAAACAGUUUAAUAAAACAAAGCCUAAAGCUUUCUAGAUUUUCUCCAGUGGUUAAUCCAGCGCAUAUUGUUUGCAGAGCCUAGCCUCCGUCUGUCGGUCGUACCGUGGUUCACAGACUUGGUGCGGGUAAUAAGAUUAUAAAACAUGUCUCUUGCUAGCCAGCGACCACGUACUAAUAAUAAUAGUUGUAAUAAUUCAUUGGGUCCUGGGAUUUUAGGUGGGUUUUUUUUUUUAAGGAAUGGGUGAGAUGAGAGGAAAACAAGAAGGCUUGAAAGGAAACAGGUCAUUGCCCACAUCCUCUGGAGAAGGAAAACAAACCAGACCUCCUUUCAGCACCAGUGGCUAGUGGGGGCCAUUUAAUAGAUGCUAAAAUUAUAUUGUCCUUGUCCAGUGAUUAUUUUUAGGGGAUGGAUGGUGGGGGAAAGUAAAGAGAGAUCAUGGCACGGAGAGCAGGCUUGAAAAACCAACCUGUGCAGAGAGUUAUUGUGUAAUGUGGAAGCAUCGCAACAGAGGACAGGCUGUGUACAUACAUGGAGGGGGGGGUGAACUUAAGGGUUGGGACUCUUGCCUUCAAGGCUAGCAAGUUCCUUUACUUAGCAGAGUUUACAUUCCCCUUUUUACAUGCACAGCAGACAGCUGGUUGCAGGCUCGUGUGAGCCUCUCACUAUUAUACAGUUCAGUCUGUCUCAGAUUGAAUUGUACGUUCCUGGUAAGUUCCCUUGAAUCCCUCUUAAAAAGAAUAAAGAUGCCUUCAAAGAGCUCAGUGGGUUCCAGUUGUUCUUCAGCUGGUGUUCUUAGUCUUUGCUUUUCCAUUUGUGUGGACUGUGCACGUCUAACUGCAAACAUCAAAUAAGCUUUGGCAUGGACGGGGCCAGCAGUUCAAUCCAAAGGCCUCAGUUUGCUUCCAUCCUUUUUCACCCACCAGUGUGGGAUGUGAUCCAUGAGAGGCAGUCAAGUACAACAUUCCUUGUAAUGCUAGAGAAGACACACGAGGGAAUGUUUGGUCCAGCCAGUCAAAACUUCCUGUUCCUCCUGGCUGGAGCAUCGUUCCUUUUGCAUGUGAUAGAAGGUGGGCGUGACCUUACCUGUCCAGGUAACAAAAGGACGAGUCCUCCCUCUUUUCGACUUCCUUUUUCGUUUGACCAACUUCUAGCUAGGACUGCUCUGCUAGCUCUCAGCUAGCAGAAGCACUGGGAUCAUUCCCCCAUAUGGGGUAGAUCCACAUGUACAUAUUUGUAACUAAGUCUGCCUUCGGGGAUCCAACCGUGAACUGAUGUGAGUAAACUUCUUGUAUUCACUUUGAAUAAGAUUGUGGCGUCUUUAUUCUUUUUAAGAGGGAUUCAAGGGAACUUACCAAGAAUGUACAAUUCAAUCUGAGACAGAGUGAAUUGUAUAAUAGUCAGAGGCUCACAUGAGCCUGCAACCAGCUGUCUGCUGUGCAUGUUAAAAGGGGAAUGUAAACUCUGCUAAGUAAAGGAACUUGCUAGCGCAAGUUAGGAAGGAUAUUAAUAAGCAAUAUAUCCUCUCCUGCCAUCCUGAAUAUUCCCACAACCAGAAUCCCUUUGUGGUGCUGUGACAACCAACCUGCUUUCUUGCCCUGUGGCCUGAACAGAAUAUCUUGAUGUACACAGCCCCUUUUCUUUUGCAUCACAGGUAAUUUUGGUCAAGCAAGCAUUGCACAUUUCAGAAUCACUACUACCAAAGCUUGCAAAACCUUUGAGCUGUAAUAAUGCUGUCAUUUGACCACAGUAGACAGGGAAACGUAAUCAGUGCUUGGAAUCAACUGCUUCGUUUUUAACCAAGUUUUCUGAAUUAGUUAAAAAAAAACUUUCCAGUUCAAAGUAGUUCCCGUAAAUGCUAAGUGAAUGGAACAUAAAUUUAGUUCGUUUUGGGGUGGAAGUUAAAACAAUUUCUGGUUCAUCUCUCCAUGUGUUUCUUAAGCUUCAGAAUCUUUGGGCCUCUAAUCCUAAAGAUCGUAACGGUUGGGGGAAAUAAAGUAAAACAAUUCACAUUCUUCUGUGUUUAUGUUUUGAUCUUUUCUUUGUCUUCUUAAGUAUGUUUCAUAAAGCAGCUUAUAACAAUUCUGAAUGUUGGAAAUAAAUUAUCAAGGAUCAUUUGGAUUAGGCAUAGGCAAACUCGGCCCUCCAUAUGUUUUUUGGGACUACAACUCCCAUCAUCCCUAGCUAACAGGACCAGUGAUCAGGGAUGAUGGGAGUUGUAGUCCCAAAACUUCUGGAGGGCCGAGUUUGCCUAUGCCUGGUUUGGAUGAGCUUCAAUUGAACCAUGAACUGAAGGUGAAUCGAACUGGUUCAUUCCAUAGAGGGACGACUGUGAACUGGAAUUAUUUCCCUUUUGGGAUGUCUUGAACUUGCACUAGUUCCUUUCCUAGCUCUGGGGAAAACAGCAUCUCUUUCUAGCUUGAAAACCCUUUCAGAAAAUUAGAACACCAACCCUGGCAAUGACUUUUUGCAGGGAGCAAAUUGAGUUUUCCAGGCACAAGGGGUUCUCAGACUGACAGUUUCAAUUACGAAUUGAGUGCAAGAAAAAUACAGUGUUCCACCUGGUGACCAAAAGAUUAUGUUGGGGGGCAUUAAAAGUAACUCCAUUUUUGUUCUCCUGUUUCUGAUUGGCUUAACAGGCAUUAUUUUCUUCUUGAUUUUCUCUAACCAGGUGAAAAGCCCAGAAAACCGCCAUGGUGUGAGUUCCCAGUACAGAAUGCAUUCUUACUAUCCUUCCAGCUCCUACUUGGGGCAGAGCGUUGGGGCUCCUGCCUGUGUCCCCCAGAUUUUCACCUUUGAGGAGAGCCCCUCUUUCUCUGAAACAAAAGCAAAUGGUAAGCAGAUAAUCCAGCAGAUCAAAUUGUGGUCCAAAAACAAAGGCAUCCCUUCGGCUGCCGUGGUAUUUCCCCUUCCUACUAACCUGUUAAAUUCCUCUUCUAAUCAGGUAUUUUUUUAAACAAGAAGUGGUUGGGGGCUUUUAAAAGUACAUUUAUGCCUCCCCAAAUGCGGCCUUGAUUCUAGGCGGAGGAGAAGUGUGCCAUGCGCCUUAGUAAACUGCAGAAAAUGCCCUGUUUUCAAUCAUUAUUGACCACUCGUUCAAACGAUAUUCCACAUACUGAUAUUGUUCCCUAAGUUCACUCAUCAAUCAGCGGCGGACAAGCUGGGAGAUGUAAUUUACUGAGCUCCAGCAGUGUUUUCCAAGCUCUGACGGAGUGUUUUUCCAUAGCUGGGGGACCUGCCGGCAUGAGAAGCUCAGGUACAAUUAUGAAGGGUGUGAAUUAAAAGACGUGGCGCACUUUUUUGAUGGUUCUCCUAAUAGCCCUUCCUCUUUGCCAACCCAUGGAUCAUUUCAAACAAAUGUUGCGCCUUUUCACUUUGGAGCCAGACAAAUCUCUUUGGUGCUGUCUGUGUGCACUCUGCUCCCUAAAACAACACAACACAAUGCGUUGUGUGGCAAGUCCCAGUGGAAAUAAUGACACAUGACACAAUAAUUAAGGUUAAUGGGCUAAAUAAGGCCACAACUUUAUUGGUUACAGGCAUGAGCGGUAUUGGCUUAGGCAUUGGUCCUAACCGACUAUAUCCGGCUUUAGUCCAUCCACUAGAAGUCCGGGAAGGGUUAACCACUACAGUGGUGCCUCGCAAGAUGAAAUUAAUCCAUUCUGUGAGUCUCUUCGUCUUGCGGUUUUUUCGUCUUGCGAAGCACGGCUAUCAGCGGCUUAGUGGCUAUUAACGGCUUAGCGGCUAUUAACGGCUUAGCGGCUUUAAGAAAAAGGAAACGAACUUGCAAGAACUCGCAAGACGUUUCGUCUUGCGAAACAAGCCCAUAGGGAAAUUCGUCUUGCGGAACGACUCAAAAAACGGAAAACUCUUUCGUCUAGCGAGUUUCUCGUCUUGCGAGGCAUUUGUCUUGCGGGGCACCACUGUAGUAGGGGGAGUCCUGCUGAUGCACAUCAACUAGGAACUCCCCCGGGGUCACCACUUGGGGGUGUGCCUCAGGCCCUCACCUCCAUAGGCUUCGGACAGGGCCACGCCCCCCGGAAUCCUUUAUCGGACUACCCUUCGAUAUGUGGGGCAGGUGAUGGCACUUCCUCCCCUCUUCCAUCUACAGAAUAAUACCAACGCCUAACCGCCAAUACCAAGAAAGUUGUGAUGAUUUGCUACGAGGUAGGCAAAAACCAAGUGGCUGGUGCCAAUUUGCCAAGUGGAAAAAUUCCUACCAGGCCCCUCAACGGCGACCAAACGAGGUCCAUAGCAAGGUCAAGGACGAAAACCUUAAAGGGUGGGAGGGUGGGAAAACUGGAGCAGCUGGAGGCGGCAAAAGAGGGAGAUCCCCGGCCGCCAGUUGCUCAGAGGGAGCAUGAAGCCUGUAACACCACCUCCUUUGCAGGGCGGAAGUGGCUUUCUCGUUCAGGUGGAAGAGCGGGGACCGUGGAACCCCAUAGAAACCAUUCACCGAAAUGAAAGCAUUCAAAAUAUGCACCGCCUCUCUCUCCCUGCCCUUAAACUGUAACAUCGCCUUUUGCUUGUCCGCAAGGAGGAUGAGAGUAUUUCUGCAUGUGCAGAAACGAGCCUCUGUCUCUGCCCACCACAGAAAUGUGGGCCUUGGAUGGUUGACCAGAAGGGAGGGCAACCCCCCAAGUAAAAAACGCUCCCCACUCUUGAGACAGGGCUAUGGGACAUAGGGAACUGCUUUAUUCUGAGUCAGACCAUUGGUCCAUGCAGCAUAGUGUUGCCUACUCAAACUGGCAGCGACCUUCCAGGGACAUUCCUGGCACCAGCUGAAGCAGCUGGGGAUCAAAAUAGGGACUUGGUGCAUAUGAAGCAAAUUGCUCUGCCCCAGAUCUGUAGCUCUCAUAAUAAUAAUAAUAUGAUAAUAAUAAUUUGUUAUUUAUACCCUGCCCAUCUGGAUGGGUUUCCCCAGCCACUCGGGGCGACUCCCAAAAGAAUUUUAAAAACACAAUAAAUACAUCAAACAUAACAAACUUCCCUAAACAGGGCUGCCUUCAGAUGUUUUCUAAAAGUCAGAUGGUUGUUUAUUUCCUUGACGUCUGAUGGGAAGGCGUUCCACAGGGCCACUACCGAGAAGGCCCUCUGCCUGGUUACCUGUAACCUCACUUCUCACAGGGAGGGAACCGCCAGAAGGCCCUCAGAGCUGGACCUCAGUGGCCAGGCAGAACGAUGGGGGUGGAAACGCUCCUUCAGGUAUUUUGGAAUAUUGUGACGCUCCUAGACAUCUGACGGGAGGUGGGUGCCACCACCAAGAAGGCCUUCUGCCUGGUUCCUGGUAACUUCACUUCCCGCAGUGAGGGAACCACCAGAAUGCCCUCGAACCUGGACCUCAGUGUCCGGGCUGAACGAUGGGGGUGGAAAUGCUCCUUCAGGUAUACUGGGCUGAGGGCAUUUAGGGCUUUAAAGGUCAGCACCAUCUUCUAAAAGUCAGAUAGUUGUUUAUUUCCUUGACAUCUGAUGGGAGGGCGUUCCACAGGGCAGGCACCACCACCGAGAAGGCCCUCUGCCUGAUUCCCAGCAACCUCACUUCUCGCAGGGAGGGAACCACCAGAAGACCCUCGGCGCUGGACCUCAGUGUCCAGGCAGAACCAGAACGAUGGGGAUGGAGACGCUCCUUUGGUGAGUCGUCUGACUCACAACAUGUUCUCUCCUAAAAAGUCAACUUGCCUAGCUAACUUGACUUCAGUGGGUGCAGAAUUCAACCUGAUCCUUGGGUGCAUUGAUAUGAACAUCACCGUAAUUAAUGAUGUCCCUGCGGAAAUAAGAGUUACCGUAAGUUGCACCCGGAGGCAGCUCAGGGCAGCGAAGAACACCUCUGUUAUUCCUUCAUCUAUGUGGGGGGAAAUUCCUGAAUAGGACUUCAUCUGUCACUUUCGUUUUUCUUUUGCUGAUGGCCAAACCCGUCCCAUUUCCCAAACCUUGUUCCUGACUUGGGAGGGACAAUAAGAAAUAUCUCUCAGUGGCCCCGAUCGCACCCUUUAUUUUAUUUUUAUUUUUGCUUCUCUUGCUCUCUCCCUAUAGUAAUACAUUUGCCCAAAGAUGUGUUUGUCGGAACAGCAUGGGGCAGAAAUACUGACCCACAAACUGAAAAAGCAGUCAGUGUUCCAGCAGAAAUACUUCUGAGCCCCCGCUAUUCCUCAAGUGUUGCAGCCGCUGUGGUUAUUAGGCAGCAAGAUUUCUUAUCUGACAGAGGGAGACGAGAGGGAGGAAUGUCCUUUAAACCACAGCUAAUAACCAAAGUGUACGGCGUUUUCUUCAUAAUUCACAAAGUCUGUUACUUGCCUCCGAAUCCUGAGGUGUAACUUUCGUUUUAUGGCGGCUUCGCCAGUUCAUAUAUUAGCACCGUUAGACCUACCGUUUCAUUAAUGUUGUUCUGCUGAGUUAACUGCCUGUUUAUGCUCUCUCUCUGUGUGUUUGCGAUCAUAGGGAGGAGAUAUAAGCCGCCCUCUGAUUUAUAUUUUUCUUUUGUGAAUAGCGGGAAGUUUGUGAGAAGCUUCUGACUUUCUUUUUUCACACAAGGUUCUAUACUGUGCUAUUAUAUCUUGUAGCUUCCAAGGAAACGAUGCUUUCUAAUUACAGAACGAUGGCGGCUCAGUCCCGAGUGGGGAAUCUGGUGGUCCCAUAGCCAUGCCAACGGUCUUUCCACCCACGGCAUCUUUUUAGAGACAGGGGAGGCAAAUAAAGACUUCAGAAACAAAUGGUUUGGAAAAUAAACUUAAAGGCUUAAAUCCUGAAAAUACCGUAUUUUUUUGCUCUAUAAGACUCACUUUUUCCCUCCUAAAAAGUAAGGGGAAAUGUGUGUGCGUCCUAUGGAGCGAAUGCAGGCUGCGCAGCUAUCCCAGAAGCCAGAACAGCAAGAGGGAUUGCUGCUUUCACUGCACAGCGAUCCCUCUUGCUGUUCUGGCUUCUGAGAUUCAGAAUAUUUUUUUUCUUGUUUUCCUCCAAAAACUAGAUGCGUCUUGUGCGUCUUAUAAAGCGAAAAAUACAAUACCUCUUUGUGUAAAGCAGUAGCCGCCCCCCUCAGGUCAAUUUCCCGUUGGCUCGGCCAGUUCUUUCCACUCUCCCAAAUACACGUGCCAUCAGUGGCGAUGGAAAGUCUUGCAGUGAGACUGCCAUUACAUGCUAAAAUCUGGUUCUGGGGAUAACCCUUAAUUUAGGGAACCUAACCAAACUUCCUUCCUUCCUUUCUUUGUAACAGUUUAAACCAAUUCAUGAACCAAGAACCUAUACAUUGACCACCAUUAAUGAAACAUAUGUUGUAGAUCUUUUCCCACAUUUUUUAUGCUAUUUUUGUGAUAUACAAAUGACAUGAGAAAACUUGGUAUACUUGUUUGUAUAACAUUAUUUUUGUUUAUAAAACCCAGUAAAAGGAAGAAAAGGAAAAGAAAGCUUAGGGAACUUAAUUUAGGGAAACAUGGUUCCUAGUGCAUCUGAUGUCCUCAUUAGGACAUCAAGAGCCAUGUCGUUUGCCAUGAUUUCAGACCCCUUCGUUACGAGUAAAUGUGCUUCUUACAAGACUCUCCCAUCACUAAUGCUGCUGUAAGUUUGCAUGGAAAGGGGCAGGAGUGGCAAAGGAGACGAGAUGAUCAGUUUGAAGUUCACCCAGAAUCAGGCCAGCGGCCAGUGAAGUUGGUACGUUACCUGCCCUGUGACAUUAGGAUGACGGAAAGGAUAUAAGCCUUGAUAAUGAAUAAAUUAAAAGAGGAGUUUAAAAAAUAAAAUUUGCUGAUUUAAGAAGGAAAGGGGGAGAGAGAGAUGCAUUGUAAUUAAAAAAGAAAGAGGCGGUCAAAAUAAUACUAACAAGAGACCACAGUCAGUUCCUGUUGAAAACACAGUGACCAUCAAUACAUGAAUCUUAGAUUAAACUUAUGACUUGUUGGGGUCUCUGCAGACUGGAGGCAGGCAAGUGUUCUCAUCUUCAGAAACGGGAAAAGAUAACCCAGGUAACUACCGACCGGUGAGCUUGACAUCAAUACCAGGUCCUGGAACAGAAAAUUCAACAGUUGGUCUGUGAGCCCUUGGCAAAGGAUGCUGUGAGUACUAAAACCCAGCAUAGGUUUCUCAAAAUAAGUCCUGCCAGACCAAUCUCAUUUCUUUUUAUGAUGGAAUUGCAAACUUGGUGGAUCAGGGGAAUGCUGUGGACAUAGCGUAUCUUGAUUUCGGUAAGGCUUUUGACAAAGUCCCCCAUGAUAUUCUCAUGUGGAAGCUGGUCAAAUGUGGGUUGAACAAGGUAACUGUUAGGUGGAUUUGUAGCUGGUUGACUGACCGAACCCAAAGAGUUCUCAUGAACGGUUCCUCGUCAUCCUGGAAAAAAGUGAUUUUUCAAGAGGUGGGCAAUCCCAUCCAAAUCAAGCUGAAAUCUGAUUAUUGGAUCAAAAGGCUUAUUGACCAAGAGCAGCUUUAGACUUGCCACAAAUUAGUUUCAGUUUGUUAAAUCACAUCCAGUCCAUUACCAAUGUUCAGCUGUGGUUCAGGGCCUCCCUGGCUUCCCAGGUUUGAUAUGGAAAAGCAAGGUGGAGCUGCAGAUCACACAACAAUUUUCAUAUGGGUUUGAUGGCAUUAUUUUGUUACUUAGAAUCAGCAACCCUUCAUGUGAUGAUCUGGGAAUCAAGCUCAUUUAUGUGGGACUCUGGGUGCUUGCAAGGGGACGUGGGUGGCGCUGUGGGUUAAACCACAGAGCCUAGGACUUGCCAAUCAGAAGGUCGGCGGUUCGAAUCCCCGCGACAGGGUGAGCUCCCGUUGCUCGGUCACUGCUCCUGCCAACCUAGCAGUUCAAAAGCACAUCAAAGUGCAAGUAGAUAAAUAGGUACCUCUCUGGCGGGAAGCACAUCAGCAUUUCCGUGCGCUGCUCUGGUUCGCCAGAAGUGGCUUAGUCAUGCUGGCCACAUGACCCAGAAGCUGUAUGCCGGCUCCCUCGAUCAAUAAAGCGAGAUGAGCGCCACAACCCCAGAGUCGGUCACGACUGGACCUAAUGGUCAGGGGUCCCUUUACCUGGGUGCUUGCAGUCACUUCUGCUUCAUACCUGAGAUCCCAGUCAUGCUCCUGCUUUUCUCAGCAUCCAAUUCCCUCCCCGUUGCUGUUAACUCAGUUCAGCAUCUCUGUUAACCCAAAGGGAUACACAAAAGAGGAAGGUCUAAAAUCCCUUGGAUUUCUUGCAUGUCUGGAUGGAAGUGUUGUUGACUCAAGACAUCAAAGCUGAAUUGCUGUUAAGUCUUCUAUGCUCUAUAGAAGAUGAAAGGGGUUGUUGCCUAAGGAUAACCAAUGUCCAAAGUGGCAAUUCAAGUAGUUUGAGGCAGCUGUGCAAUUUGUGCAGACAGUUUUAAGACUGAUGCACAAAAUCACUUAGCCCGGCCUUAGUUGCUCUUAGCACAUUUUGAACUGUGUUGUGCCUGUAGACUAGCUGAGUAAAAAAGCAGCGAAAAGACAAUGGAAGUGUCUGUUGCAAAGGUACCUUAGAGAUGGCAUUUCUUAAGUUUGCUCUCCCUAGCACCCUGCUUGAUACCGGGGUUCUGGUAACCAGCAAGUUUAUUUUCCAGUGCUUAGCUCCUAGGAGGCAGAGCUUAGGCCAAGAACAAGUUGAAUAACCUUCAGGAAAGCUGUGCUGUCCUUCUGUCGGCCGCUGUCUUUGAAAAUUGCCUGCAGAGUUAGUGAGCAGGAACAGUUAAGAUUUACAAACAAUGAUGAAGCUUGUCAUGCAUCUUUCACCAUUCAUCAUCUGGGUGCCGUGGCUGGGCGGUGAAGUGUUCUUCAUAAAAACCAGCUCAGUGUGAAAUACACCUCGCUGCAAUGUUUACUGCUCUGAAACUCGUCAGAAGCCCUUUAUAGUAAAUCCAGAUUGCGAGGUGACAUUACAGUAUAUCAUUGCACAGCACGGCGGGGUUUACACUAGGAAUGAGUGCAGUUCACACCAGAUGAGAUGUCGAAAUUGAGUUAUGUAGGAAUUUGGCUGUUAUAUGAGGAUAGCUUUUGUUUUCCCAAGACUAAAAAGUUAGCUUUAUAUAUAUUUAGGUAAUAUAUAAUGUGCUUUAGUUUCCAUAUGUACAUAGAUGCCAGAGGGCCCGUACACCGUUGUCCUUGCUCAGAUGUAUCUGUAAGCAGGCAUGCGCCUAUGGGUUGGUGCACAUGUAUCUCUUCUAUGUAUCUGUAUAUGUGCAUGCAUUUUCUUUGGUGCUACGCUGUAUGAUGUGUAUUGUGUGCUUAUUGGCUUUUCAUUAUGUGUGUAAUUAUAUAUCACCUGAAAAGCUACCUGGGGAACCAGCUGCCUAAGAUCACAACUGCACCUGGGCCCCCCAGUACAUAACCUAACAUAACUUCAUGCCUGGCGAGUCUCUGCUGGUACAAUCUCAUCUAUAAAGAAAUGGUUUUUCCAGUGCAGCAAAUCUUGGGAUUCAGUCAUUUUACUUCAAACGCAAGUGUGUGUUUUUUAGCUCCAUUGUUCCCACCCAAACAAAAGCUUUCCGCUGUGUUUGAAUGACUUGCCUUUUUUAAUAGUCUUUCAGUUUCCUAUUGAACAGGUGGUUAAAAUCAAAUUGGCAAGUCACAUUCCAUGAUUUGCACUCUCUCCCUCUCUCUCUCUUCCUUCCACAUAAAGUAUAGAAGUCAGGAAAGCUAAGGUAGAUUUUGGACUCUGUCCCAAACUCACCCUCAUUAUUUAACUCAGUACGGCCUGCCACCAUCAGCAAGGACGUGAGUUUAUAGGGAAGUAGACUUGGUUCACAAUUUCUAAAUGUGGGGUUGGCUUUGCAUUGUGAAUUCCUGGAGGGCUCUUUUCCCAGACUACGAAGGAGUGGUUUUUAAAACGAGCCUGAGAAAGAAGACCAAGGUGUCAGCAGUGGGUGGCAUUUUUUCCGGAGACCCUGCGGCGGGGGUGGGGAGUUGUUGCUGGACUCUUGCGUUCCCAACUCAGGUUCCAGGGAGAUAGCCAAAGAAGACAAGAGGCUGGGAGGUGUAAAAGAAGUUGGAGGGGGGCAGAUGGAGCAGGGUGAGCCCUAGGGGAAAGACCCACAAUUGCCCCCCUCUCUUAUACAAACCUAGGAGCUUGUGGGCUCACUCUUCUCCCUGUGGGUGCAGGGGGCCUCAUUCUUGCCGCUGCCCUCGCUGAGCUCUCUCCAUGGUGUACCCUUCCAUGGUGCUGAGAAGGUCCAUCAGGUGGCUCUGUUGAGAUGCCUCCUCGCUGGCUCUUUCUGUACCUGGUGGGACUGUGACAGGUGGAAGCAUGGAGGAGCCUUGCUGCUCCGACCGCCACCUGCCAGGCAGGUGAGAGAGCAGAGGGGGGUGAGGAAGGUGUAGAGCAGCGGUUCUCAACCUGUGGGUCCCCAGAUGUUGUUGGACUACAACUCCCAUCAUUCCUGAGCUCUGGCCUUGCUAGCUAGGGGUGAUGGGAGUUGUAGUUCAACAACAUCUGGGGACCCACAGGUUGAGAAAGGCUGUUGUAGAGGAACAGUAGGAAUUUGGGAGGGAGCAAGGUGUAUCUGAUGGACCUUCAGUCAAACCAUAGCUCUCAGCAGAUGCUUAGCAAUGCUGAUCUCUGCUGCUGGGCCUCAAAUGUGGGACCCUUGCUAGGCAAUGAUCCCGUGUAGCUACUGUUCUCUUUCUCUAGCCUGCCAAACUGCCGCUGAUAGAUAAAGAGAGCUGUUGGAAUGCAGGUACCAGCACAGGUAAGCCUGUCUAGGGAACCAAGUUGGGUGCAAAAUGGCACUGAGCCUUUUUGGGUGACCAUGCUCUGUCCAGGUCUUCCAUCACUAUGUAUUUUUUGCAUUCAUUCGAAACCUAUACAUACGUUCAUCAACACAGGGUCCAAUUUUUUAAAUUUUUUCUUUAUUUUUUGCAGUCCUAAGACCAACAAACAAAGCAACCCCAGAUAAAAGUGCACACAAGAAUCAGAGAGUCUUAAAUAGCGUGUUUUAAAUCCCAGGGUUAAUUUUAAGGGCCACCACCAUAAAGCUGAUGCCAGGCAUACGUCCCUGGAGAGGGCGUUCCAUAGCUGCCUAAAAGCCCUCUUGUGGGGACAAGUCUCCCUUCUGAACAGAGGUGGCAUCUGGCAAAGGGCAUCGGCCCCUUGGCUUAGACGGGUUGGUGUUCCCGUGUGCAGGCGCUCGCGCACAGGAGUGUCCCCAGGCCAGAAGUGCAUUGACACCCAAGAGAUGAAAGAUGAAAGCUGGCAUAAAUGGGCAUUCCAAGCCAAAGGGUCACGGCCUUAGAUUACUGCAAUGCGUAGGGCUGCCUCUGAAAACGGUUCGGAAACUUCAACUGGUGCAGAAUUCAGCCGCCAGGUUGCUCACGGGAGCAAGACGGUCUGAACAUACUGCACAAAUCCUGGUCCAACUGCACUGGCUACCAAUUAGUUUCUGGGCCCAAUUCAAAGUGCUGGUUUUGACCUAUAAAGCCUUAAACAGCUCAGGACCUCAAUACCUCAAGGAUCACCUCUUUCCAUUUGACCCUACUCGGACCCUGAGAUCAUCUUCCGAGGCCCUCCUUCGUGUGCCCCCUCCUCAAGAGGUGCGGAGGGUGGCAACAGGAGAACGGGGCCUUCUCUGCAGUGGCUCCCCAUCUGUGGAAUGCUCUCCCCAGGGAAGUUCGCCUGGCGCCUUCAUUAUACACCUUUAGACACCAGGCAAAAGCGUUCCCUUUUAACCAGGCCUUUGGCUGACUUAUUCUAUACCUUUUAAAAUGUGGCUCUCUUGGGGGGGUUAUUGGAAGAAGAAGAAGAAGAAUAAUAAUAAUAAUAAUAAUAGGGGGUUCUGGAUUAUGCAGAGGGUCUCUGGGACCAGUCUUGGAUUGGCCCUCCAUAUACGUUUUGGACGCCAUAUGCAUUUUACAGCUGCAUUCCUGCAUCUACAUGGCCAUGCCCCGAGUUUCCAUUUCCUUGGCUCCCUGGAGUACGACAGAGAGAAACACAGCCAAGGAAAUGGCUUUUUAAAUGCACGUUUUGCAUCCCAGAGUCGUUGCCUACCUGUGGAUACUUGCUAUAUGGAUAGGUUUGUGUGUGGUUUUUUUUGUACUGUAUAGGACUAUUCCAGAGACCUUCAGGCCAGUUGGCCCUGCAUUUAUCCCUUGUGGCAACCCUAGGGAAAUUGGAGGACCCAGCGUGGAAAUUCCAUUUGAGGAAACGUCCUGAAAAGAUGAACCAGUAGCUGUUGCUCUUCUCUUGCAAUUCAGGGUUCCAAGCUCCAUUGAGAAGGGGGCUGCUUUGGGGCACUGGAUGCAACAACAAGGUUUUUUAAACGGAGGCAAACUGGAUUAUCUGGGAAAGGGAAGAGCGUCUGGUUUGGAAAGCAGAUUGUGGCUUCUGCUCCUCCAGCCCAUGGAGGAGAAUAUCGCUUGAUAAUAAGGGGCCUUCAAGGGAUAGAGGAUUGUAAAAUAGCGCAGGAGGCAAUUCCCCCAGAAAAGAGGUAAGAUGAGGAAGCCAGCCUCACAAAUAAGAAGAACCUCUGGCGGCAGGUUCUAGCGACCGACCAGCUUGCAGCAUCCCCGAGUUGUCAAUCACACCGUAAUGUUUCUAGAAGCGAAAAGUCAAUGCGUUGUUGUUUAAUUUGACAUGACUCUUGAGCUGUGGAAAAGCAUAAUCGCUGCAGGGGACAGUUAAGUAACUGUGCUCCAUGUCAGCCUGUCUCGCUCCGACUGCCGCACUAAACGCUUUGCUGAUGAGCGAUAGAUUUGGUUAAAUACCAGGAUAAUUGCUGGCUAUAGCACCCAGCACUCUUGUAAUGCCUUGUAGUACAUCAGUUGUAGUUUCCUCUCCGCCUCAGGCGCUGGAGGCUUAUUCGCUAAAGAGGGCACUUAUUUUCAAUUACAAUGUUCUCUUUUCCCCUUGUGUGUGUGUUUUUUGUUGUUUUUUUGAAGAAGCCAUUGUUGCUGAGCCAAAUGAGCUCUAAUAAAUUAUAUUUCUUCUCCCUGUAGACCUGUUGAAGGAGAUCAGGCAUGCAAAUGCCAAAGCUUCUAUUUUCUAGCGCUUGUAAGUAAUUUUUUUGUGCGUGUCGGCUUCACGUACCAGCAAUAUGCUCAUAUUACUGAGACAAAGGUUUUCAUUUUAAAGACCUGCACAUUGCAGCAGGCCUUCAGACUAACUUGCCUAGCUGGUAUAAAGCCAAACGCUUAAUUCUUCAUGCAGUAAGAAUGAAUUCUAUUCAUUUUCUUCCUUCUUAGCAAGCCACUGACAUUUUUAGGAAAAGGUAUAUCUGUGCCAUGUACGUGAAUAGCCUCAUAUAUUUAUAAUGACACCGUCAUCUCAGCUUAGGCUGGAAAGUUAAAUGCUAGAAUUUCUUUUACAGUUGGUAAUGGUCUCUUGGAGCUGAACUGGCUCAGUUUAUUUCUGUUGAAAUAGAGCUGUGCUCUGAUUUUACUAAAUGUGAUUUUGCAUUUUGAGUUGGGGCUUAGGCCUCAACUCACGUGUAGGACUGGGCGAUAUAUCGUCCCAAACUGGUUUGAAGCCCAUAUCGUGAUACUGGUUUCAUAAUUUUUGACCUGGCCAAAUAUUGUGAAUCGUGAUAAGUAUCUGUGCAUGUGCGAAUCAGAAAUCACAAUGUGGGGAAAACAGUGAAGCCAGGCAAUUCUCUCUCUUGAUUCCUUAGCCCCUCUUAAGUCUGCCAGCUCAAAUCUCCCCUGCCUCACGCAAAUCACGAGAGCAGGUGCCAGCAAAAAUCACAAGGCAGGAUUGCAUAUGCAUAGUUCCACCCUUAUUUCAGACAUCAUAAUAUAUCGCAAUGUUUAGUUGGUGGAUAUAUAUUACAAUGUUGAAAACCAGGUAUCGCCCAGCACUGCUGAUGUGUGCUGGUGUUUGCAGCAAAUAUGGUAUACCCUCUCAGAUACAACCUACAUAAAGUGCCUUGUUUUGUUUUCAUUCAUGCCAAUUGCUCUCAAAGAGUGAAAGCCAAACUUUCUUUCUUCGGACCCAAAUGAGCAGGUGCCCUGUGUGAGUAUCGUGCUGCCAGCUAGAUUGGCCACUAGGAGGCUAACAGUGUUCAAAACUCCCAUUGUUCCAGGCGCAUUUUGCAGCAGGGGAUUUCUUCUUCUUUUAACUUUAUUGCAAAACAGUUUACAUGUAACAACGCAGACAGACAAGACAAUACCUCAAUGACAAUGAACAUUAACUAACAAGACAUCGUCUAACAUCACGCACACUUUUGACUUCCGAUUCACCUCAUUGUGCUUUCUACAUAUUCUUUACCUUGACGCAUUUCCUGUUAUAUCCGUUACACAUCCAGAAAAUUUUCUACAUUUAUAGUUUUCCUUAAUAUUCAAGAUUCAAUCUAGACCUGUCAUGAGAUUUGCAUUUUCACAAUAUUAUUUUAGAUUUUCUUUAAAGGUUAUCCAUUCUUUACACACUUUCUGGUGCCUUAAACUUUGCAACAGGGUAUUUCAUUAACAUGAGCAGUUUCUGAGCUCUGGGCUCAAUACUGCACCUAAGAUUUGAGAUUGAAACUAGAUUGGAAGGAAAGGAGGAGCUUUUUCUGCCUCCCCACUUCCAGCUACUCUCUGAAGACUGGAGAAGAGACCCUCUUCAGAAUAUUAGGGGGGUGGGCAGGGGAAGGACCGGACCAUGUGAAAAAUGAACAUGAUAUUUUAGCUGCAGUUCAUUCAUUUUCAGCUUUAUAUUCUUGUUAUAAAAAACACUCAUUGUUGCGCCCAUAACCUUGGUUUAAGGUCCCUUGAGCUCCUAGCUUUCUUAUCUCAGUUUCUAACACUGGAGGCUAAGAUUCAUUCUCUCCCAGCAGCGUUUUGCUCCAGAGACAUUACUGGCAAUAACAGGACCUGUUCCAGUGGAUUCUUUCCUGGGCCAAAUAGGAAUACAUACAAUUGUUGGCAAGGAAAUCAAGCAAUGGUAGAAGUUUACACAGCUAACAGAGUCGAAUUCCUUCAUGGAACUAUGCCACCACUGCUAAGGUCUAGAGUACCUUACAAUAGGAGCAGAAAAUCCUAGUUUCGAAGGGUUUUGAACCAGGGCAAGAUGGACCUUGUUUUUAAGCAGUGCUUUUGAUCUUGAAUCUCCUGCGCCCUUGCGACUCCCCUGUGUUUUUGCACCGGCCAAUGCAGGUCAUUGGGGUAUAUGCUGUAGUUUCUGGUCAGUGUGUUGAAGCAAUGAUUCUUUAACAUCACCUUCACUGGACUGGUCAUGUUGUGCGGAUGCCUGAUUAUUGCUUUCCAAAGCAACUACUCUAUUCCAAACUUAAAAAUGGAAAUCGUAAAGCUGGUGGUCAACAAAAGAGGUUCAAAGACUCUCACAAGGCAAAUCUUUUAAAAUGUGGUAUAAACACCGACAAUUGGGAAACACUGGCCUGCAAGCCCUCCAAUUGGAGAACAGCCUUUACCAAAGGUGUCAUGGGCUUUGAAGACACUCGAACUCAGGACGCAAGGGAGAAACGUGCUAAGAGGAAGGCAUUCUUGGCAAACCCUCACCAUGAUCAACUCCUGCCCAGAAACCAAUGUUCCCACUGUGGAAGGAUGUGUGGAUCCAGAAUUGGCCUCCACAGUCACAUACGGACUCACUGUUAAAACAGUGUUCAUGGAAGACAAUCUUACUCGGCUACGAGUGAUCGCCAAAGAAAGAAGAAAGAAAGACUUGGCAGAUGGUCUUCCAUCCCAAAGGACAUUUCUGUACAGUGGUACCUCGGGUUAAGUACUUAAUUCGUUCCGGAGGUCUGUACUUAACCUGAAACUGUUCUUAACCUGAAGCACCACUUUAGCUAAUGGGGCCUCCUGCUGCAGCCGCACCGCCAGAGCACGAUUUCUGUUCUCAUCCUGAAGCAAAGUUCUUAACCUGAGGUACUAUUUCUGGGUUAGCGGAGUCUGUAACCUGAAGCGUAUGUAACCUGAAGCAUAUGUAACCCGAGGCACCACUGUAGGUCCAAAUCGAUCAUUGUGUUUUCUGUCCUAAUAUGGCAAAUCCCUAUCGAUAACAUUCCCUCUGUAUGACUGCAUUAUUACGCACUGUGGGGGGGAAGGAGAGCCAAUGUCCUUCCUUUCUUUGGCACGUGACAUAACAAGUGUCAAAUCUUGAAAGGCCAAACUACUGCUGUUGACACAUCUGGAUUUGUAGGCAAGGAACUCUAGGUCAAUCUCCUGUUUGCUUUUCCCCAACAUGUCAACCUCCCCCUAUUUCUUUUUUCUUUCUGUUUUAAACAAGGGAAACAGGAAAGGUAUUUGUUUCAAGUAAUGGCUUUCAGGAGAUCUAUUGUCCAGGGCGGAGAGAAUUUAGUUUUUCUUAGCUAAUUUUAGUUGUUCCAUCACUUAACAGCAAGCUUUCCAGCUAACUACAAAUACUGGCAUGUACUGGGGAAGGAUGAUAUGAGCUCUGAUAGGGCAGAUGGAACGGAGCCAUCCAUUCAUCCGUCUCUCUUGUGCACUAAAUGCCAAGAAUGAAAUCCAGUUCGAAAGUACACAGUGAAUCAGUCGAGUGGCAGGCAUUUGAGAUAAUCCUAAUGGUUUUUUAACAUUGUUGGUGAGAAGGGGAGAUCAGCAGUGGCCAGAGAUUGUGUUGUGAAAUAAUAGGCGUAUUCAAGGCAGAACUAGGUGUUCAGAUAAGCAUGGCGCUACGGCUGAAAAUGGCAGCUCAGUAUACAGUGAUUUUUGUAAAGUGUAGGGAAACAAAUGAGCCUUGUCUCGUUGGUUUGCCCAUUGUCACCAGGGUACGGAUAUGUUUCGGCAUGCAAUCUAGAUGGGGGAGAAAACUUAACAUUGGCUGCCAUUUUGGACAGCACCAAUGUCUUUAAACUGUCCCACCCAUCAUGGCAGAGGUGUCUGUGCAGGGUGUGGUGAAAAUUUUGUUCUCCCUUCUGCUUUUCAUACUAUAUUGAGAAGAUAUGGCCCUGCAAAUACGUAUUUACAGUGUUACAAAGUACUGUGACCUGUUGAAGGGGGAAAAAAUACCUACACAUUUUCUACCAUAUAACUGGGUAAGAAGAAUAUAUAUAUAUAUAAUUUAUCCCAAUAUUCAGAAUGCUGUAAUCAGAUGGUCAUUCGGAACAUUUGGGGUCUGUGAUCCAUCCAUGUGCUAAAUAAAUAUUUCACUGGGAUCACCGUAAUGUAGGGUAUAGUCAGCAGAGGAAUAUAUUUGGGAAAUCCUGCAUUUUGAUAUAAUUUAUCUCAAACGGCUCACCAGUUUGUGGGUUCUCUGAACUUCUGCCCUACAUUCCUGAAGCCCACUGGUGCCCUAUUACGGCAGUCCCUUCUCCCUCGCCUCUGCCCCUAAUUACAAAAUCUGUAUCCUACAAAGAUAAGCAAAAAGAAUAAAAGAAAACCUAAAUUUAAAAAGAAAACAAUAUUUGUGCUAAACCAAAGUACUGACAUGGUUUCCCGUUAAAUUCUCAAAUAUUGGUUAUUAUUAGUGCACUAUUGCCCUUGAAUAUACAAUAAUAUUCCUUGAGUUGGCAUUAGAGUGCAUGUAAUGAGUGCUCACACCUUCAUUCGUGGGUGCCCUUCGUGGGACUGCGCAGCACCUUUGCCAUCUCGGGUGGCGGUUUGAGGCCUUGUGCAGAAUCCUUUAGUCUAUCUUCCCUAAAUGGUAACGUAAUUUCGAGUUAUAAACGCCGCAUGCGCAGAAGCGGCACCUCCAGAUAUGGUCUUUUCAGGGUAAGUGCAGAUCCCCCGGGACAAAUUAAGUUCACAUCCAGAGGGUCCACUGUACCUUCCAUUUCCCAUCCUGGCCUGACCUUUUCCCAUCAAAACAGACAGAAUAGAUUUACACACUCCUUUGUUUUAUUGAGAAAUCAACCGGAUCUGCUUCUAUUAAUCAAUAAGCCCUUCCUCAAAUAGGUAACACUCCAGGGAGAAUGCGAUGGACUCCCUUUCUCUUUUACAUAUUUGCACUUCCAAACUGGACCUACUCUGGCUUCCAUCUGCUCCUUACGUAUCUGCAUUCAGAAAACCAACCUUAAUCUGUGCCCUCACCGCAAAGCUUUUCAUUUGGAAAAGCCUUCGCCACAUUUUAUAGACCAUCUUUUGGGCAUGUCGGUGCUCUGUUUCGAUUCCAGUGCCAGCCUAUACUUGUCUACUUGGAAGUAAGCCCCAUUGAUGGCACUUACUCCUAGAUAAGUGGCAAUAGGAUUGCAGCCUUAAUGUAGAAACGAGCCUUCGGAUCCAGAUUCCAAGCGAGUCUGCAGAAUGGAUGUGCCUUCUAUUUCCUUCCCUGAAUAAGAAGGUGAAAGAGCUUUAAUAAAUGGUCUGUAACCCUUGAGAGCUUAAAUCUUUAAAAAAUUGCUUCUUAUUAAGAGUCUAAUGGUUUUUAAAUGUAAACACAAAGAACAUUUGCCUUCCAAGCAUGACUAUCCUAGUGGUUUCUCACAUCAGUAGAAGCAUAUUAUGCUUUCCAGGCCAUUGACUUACAGAAGAUCACUCAAGUCUAGGCAGUUCUUUGUAUGGCAUCUCAGUUCAUUGAUGACUUUUAUUUUGGAGGUUAUGUGUUCUGUUUUGGUUUUGCAUUUUGGCCAAAAUGUAACCAAUAUCAUACAAGGAAGGAAGGAAGGGAAAAAUACGCAAGUUCCAAACUAAAUACUAAUUAUUAGCCGCUAAGUUGCAUGUGCCCAGGUAAACAUGUAAAUAUUUAUUUUGUAGUAAGACUGAGACAACAGUACAAGGCUUGGCACAUUCUAGGGAGAUCGGUAUUCAUAACUCAGUCCAACAGCUGUGGACUAAACCAAGUGGAUUAGUGGGGCAAUGCUUGAUUUCCUUAUUUUUCCAUGAAACGAGAAAACAGUAAUGACCAGUUGGGAGAAAUGAGAAUGAGAUGGAAUCAGCCUAUGUGUUGUGGCAGGGCUGCCUUUUGGGUGGUUUUGAGGAAGAGCCCUGCUCCACGCUUCAGCUGCUCAUGCCUCCAAUGCCUAAAUCUCUUACAGCUUCCACCAAUUUUCCAGAUGUCACAAAGGUGAGGAACAAAGGCCAUCUCUGAACGAGCGGUGCUCUCUCGUAAGGCGACCAGAAGCAAAGGAGAACAGGGCUUUUGUACCUUAGUAACUGAGUGGAAGGGGCAAUUUGGGGAGAUGCAGCUUGUCAUACAGAGAAGAGUAAAGGUCCAUCUGCUGGAAUUAGGGUUGCCGUCCACCCCUAGAAAUACGGGAGUGUGUGUGUUUGUGUGUCCCUUGUCUUUGGACUUCAACCAGGACAACUUUCCCCCCGUAUUCAAGCUCAUCCUCGAGGGCGUGUGCUCCCAUAAUCCCUUGCCAUCGGCCAUGUUGGCUGGGAGUGAUGAAAGUUGGAGUCUAGCAAGGUCUGGAGGGCCAUGUCUGCAUCCCUUCUUUAGGGUUUGUGCAUGGUGUAAAAUCUGAAGGGUCGGUUCAGUGGCGACUGAUGAGGCCAGAGGUUGGUGGUCUGGAAACCACAGGUCUUGCCACUGGCAGGAGUAAUGGAUUCACCACGCUGAUGCAUUUGUACCAUUCCAAUCUUGCCCCUCCCGGCAGAGGCAUGGACAACACAGGAGAUCAAGUGAGCACCUUAAAAAGAUGGCACAAGUCUCUUCUACCAGCUGCCUUUGGGCUCAGCAAAUAAAUUUGAGAUUUCUCUCCAUAGUUAUCUAAACUGAAGAAAGGGAGGGAUCUCCCAAUUGUGGCACCUCCAGGGCUCAAAGCAUUGGGGGACGGACGGACCUGUUUUCUUAUCGUGAAUCAGAAGGAAACUGUGUGGAUGGGAGUCGCCAACGGAGGCAAGGACAUUCCCUUCCUGUGGGACAGACUACGAGGAAUCUCUCAUUUGGAACAGUUUCCUUGCAUCGUUUGCACUUGACCGUUGCCGCUGAAAUCGGUGGACAUCACAGGGGCUUGCUCUGAGAAUAAAAACAGCUUUCAGCGCUUAGAAAAUACUGUAUUUUCUACAAUGGGAACUUUGCCUGUUUUUCCGAUUGAUGCCGGGUCGAGUUUCAACCGGUUGCAGUGCAGAAGUCUCUGCCUGAAAACAGAAUUUGGGUCAUUACCGCCAUUCCUUACAAAUUCAUUCCUGAUUCUGUCAGGUUGACCACAUCUUUUUAAGCAACUUGGUGCAAUCUGGCCGCUGUCAAUGGAGUCAACGGGAGGUGAAUUGUUCCACGUUACCUUUUUAAAGGAUCUUAGCUCGGCGUUGGCCCCCCACUAAACGAUAAGUAUUCAGAGUGGAAUAAGUCCUGAUGGUUAACGCAUUAAGGGCUCUCAGACAGCCUCUCCUGUGAUUUAGCUUUUUCCAAAGGACUGGCGGUGCACUUGUCUAGCGAUGCAUUUUGCUAAUUACACCAUAGAUUUCCCCGUUGAUGAAUAAGUGCUGAAUUAACACAGGAGCUUUAAUGUUUCGCUUUCCCUAUUAUUGUUGUACAAGGAGCCGUGCGGCAGAUGCCGGCAGUUAGUUACACAAACAUUAGUCUUAACGAUUGGCCAUUUGGAUUUGGUGACAAACGGCAGCCUGGUGGAAAUCUGAGCCUCAAACCAAUCAGGAAGUUAAUGAGGAGAGAAAUUACCACGGCAGCUUCCCCUUAAUUACAUCCACGCCAGGCGGGAAAGGAGUGCAGUUGCGUGGAUCUUGACUCAUCAAAGGUGAGCAAGGUCAGAGACCCCUUUGCUUUGCUUUUUGUAUCUAGUGGAGAUGGAAAUGUUGCCAGUAUUUCUCGCACUGUAUUAGUUUUCAAAUUCUUCCAAUAUUUCAUAUCAAUCUGUUUUUAUUUUUCAUUUUUCCGGAGACGGGACACUUGUGGUUUCGUUCCUGCUUGCUUUUCCUUUUCCUUGCCCUCUGCUUGACAGCAGAUCUACACCAGUUUUUGUCUGCUUCAUAUGUCAUCACAGCAGCAAGAUUCCUGUUUGAUAACACUGUGGUACCUCAGGUUAAGUACUUAAUUUGUUCCGGAGGUCCGUUCUUAACCUGAAACUGUUCUUAACCUGAAGUACCACUUUAGCUAAUGGGGCCUCCUGCUGCACGAUUUCUGUUUACAUCCUGAAGCAAAGUUCUUAACCUGAGGUAAUAUUUCUGGGUUAGCAGAGUCUGUAACCUGAAGCGUAUGUAACCCGGGGUACCACUGUACAGUGGUGCCCCGCAAGACGAAUGCCUCGCAAGACGAAAAACCCGCUAGACGAAAGGGUGUUCCGUUUUUCGAUGCGCUUCGCAGGACGAAUUUCCCUAUGGGCUUGCUUCGCAAGACGAAAAUGUCUUGCGAGCCUUGAGAUUUUUUUCGCUCCCCCCCCUUUUUUCUAAGCCGCUAAGCCUUUAAUAGCCGCUAAACCGCUAAUAGCGCUAAUCCGCUAAGCCACUAAUAGGGUUGCUUCGCAAGACGAAAAAACCGCUAGACGAAGAGACUCGCGGAACGGAUUAAUUUCGUCUUGCGAGGCACCACUGUAGCAAUAAUUUUAUUAUUGAUACCCCACCCACCUGACUGGGUUUCCCCAGCCACUCAGGGCGGCUUCCAGCACAUAUAAAAAGCGUAAUAAAACAUCAAACAUUAAAACCUUCCCAACACAGGGCUGCCUUCAGAUGUCUUCUAAAAGUAGCGUAGUUCUUCAUCUCCUUGACAUCUGGUGGGAGGGUGUUCUACAGUGCCCCAGCCCAGAGCAUUUUCCUGCCUGAAGCACAGCCCAAAUGGCACCCACUCCCCAGGGCAAACACUUGAAAAAGUCCUGCUGCAGCAUUCAUACGCUUAAUUCCUGCUUCCCUUUCUUUCCCUGACCAUUGCAUGCCCCUUCUCAUGGUGCCGCCUGAAGCAGAUUGCUCCACAUUGCCACAUGGCAGGGCCGGCCCUAGACUCCUCUAUUUCUUUGUCCUGUGCCCUUUCCAUGUCAGGAUGGGCAGCCACUGACACACAUCAAUGUCUCCACGCAUUUCCUUGGUCAUUCUAACCAUAACGGGAGUGGAAGAAAUCUACAAAUGGAUGGUGGUAGAGAAACUAUUACUAGUGGUGCUCAACACAUCAUGGUGAAGGUCAUGCUGUUUAUUAAUGUGUAUCCCAUCUUUUAAUCCCAGUGCAGAGAGAAAAGACCCCUUUCUGAUUUCUCUGCACUUUCAGAAGAUUUGGGAGAGAUGUGGAUCUUCCUCUCACUUUGUGCUAAAGUUUGGAGAAGUUGAAAAGGAAAGUAAUAAUAAUAAUAAAUUUUAUUUAUACCCCGCCCUCCCGAGCCGAGACCAGGCUCAGGGCGGCUAACAACCGAUAUAAAAACAAAUUGAUUGAAAUACAACUUAAAAACAAGAUUAAAACACAACAUUAAAACAUUAAAAUGCAGCCUCAUUUCAAUGGAAACUCAGAUCAAAAACUUUUUUGAGGAUGAAAACAUCAGGUCUUCACCAAGGCUAACUAUCCAGACUGGUCCUACCUACAUGGGCCAGAAAAAGGCCAGGGAAGUCCCCAAAAAGGAGUUCCAUCACAGGAGGAGAAAGGACAAAAGAAAAAGGGGGAGGGAAUCAAAUUGAUUCCAAGCCAAAGGCCAGGCGGAACAACUCUCUUACAGGCCCUGCGGAAAGAAAUCAGAUCCUGCAGGGCCCUGGUCUCAUGAGACAGAGCGUUCCAUCAGGCCGGGGCCAAUGUUGAAAAGGCCCUGGCUCUGGUUGAAGCUAAUCUAACUUCCUUAGGGCCCGGGACCUCUAGGGUGUUGUUAUAUAUGGACCUUAAGGUCCUCCGUGGGGCAUAUCGGGAGAGGUGGUCCCGUAGGUAUGAGGGUCCUAGGCCAUGACUUCUGACAUGGCACAAAGCGGGAAACCAGCAAGGCCAGUCCAUGGGGACAAUGGGGCACUGCUCCACUAACUUCACCCUGUCCUCAGCCAGCACCCACCAGUAUCCCUUCUUACUUAAAACCAGUUUGGGAUGGUGGUGGUUCUGCCUGUCAUUGGCUGUGGCUCCAUCUACUGUUUGUCUUGCUGUCUUCUGCCCUUACUACUACUACUACUACCUCUUCUUCUUCUUCUUCUUCUUCUUCUUCUUAUUCUUAUUCUUCUUUGGCAAUCACUCGUAGCUGAGUAAGAUUGUCUUCCAUGAACACAGUUUUAACAAUGAGUCCAUAAGUGACUGUGGAGGCCAGUUCUGGAUCAACACGUCCUUCCACAGUGGGGACAUUGGUUCUCGGGCAGGAGUUGAUCCUGGUGCGGGUUUGCCAAACAUGCCUUCCUCUUAGCACGUUUCUCCCUUGCGUCCUGAGUUUGAAUGUCUUCAAAGCCCAUGACACCUUUGGUAAAGGCUCUUCCCCAAUUGGAGUGCUCGCAGGCAAGUGUUCCCCAGUUGUUGCUGUUACACUAAGAUGCCUGUGCGUGAAUUUGUAGCUUCGAGAACACUGUCCAGCCAUCUCGUCCUCUGUCGUCCCCUUCUCCUUGUGCCCUCAAUCUUUCCCAACAUCAGGGUCUUUUCCAGGGAGUCUUCUCUUCUCAUGAGGUGGCCAAAGUAUUGGAGCCUCAGCUUCAGGAUCUGUCCUUCCAGUGAGCACUCAGGGCUGAUUUCCUUCAGAAUGGAUAGGUUUGAUCUUCUUGCAGUCCAUGGGACUCUCAAGAGUCUCCUCCAGCACCAGAAUUCAAAAGCAUCGAUUCUUCAGCGAUCAGCCUUCUUUAUGGUCCAGCUCUCACUUCCAUACAUUACUACUGGGAAAACCAUAGCUUGAACUAUAUGGACCUUUGUUGGCAAGGUGAUGUCUCUGCAGGUCAGAGCAAAAAAACUAUUCCUUAUCUCUUGCUGUCAGUCGAUUCCACUGUCUGAACACUCUGUUUGCCCUCUUACAAUGUACUUUUGACUGUCCAGGGAAGAGAAGGGAACUGGAUGGGUUGGUCUCACUUUGAAGGGUGCAGCAGACCAAGGGCUCCAGCCCAUGGGCACCAGACCACAUAGCAUUGCCCUCUGUCUUAUUCUCAUUGGCAUCAUCACCUUUUCCCUGUGCCUUUUUAACAGCAGGCAGCAAUUCAGCCAGUGAAACUCUUUCCACCACCGAGAAAAAUCUGUGUUUUCUCAGUCUCUGUGUGUCGUUGUGCCGCCGUCAAAGACACCGGAAACCUUCCUGUAAAAAUAAUGUUAAAACUGCCAUCUCUAGUCCAUGCGUGAGGGCUGACGGCCGAAGUUGCUGAGCUUUCUUUAGGCUUUUAUCCCAAAGUUGUUGGCUGGAUUCAGUCGACCAGCGGGCCAGAUUAGGCCCCCAAAGGGAGUUUGGACAUGCCUGCCCUAGAGCCUCAUCUGCUUAAGUACCGUAUUUUUUGCUCUAUAAGACUCACUUUUUCCCUCCUAAAAAGUAAGGGGAAAUGUGUGUGCAUCUUAUGGAGCGAAUGCAGGCUGCGCAGCUAUCCCAGAAGCCAGAACAGCAAGAGGGAUUCACUGCGCAGCGAUCCCUCUUGCUGUCCUGGCUUCUGAGAUUCAGAAUAUUUUUUUUCUUGUUUUCCUCCUCCAAAAACUAUGUGGGUCUUGUGGUCUGGUGCGUCUUAUAGAGCGAAAAAACGGUACAUUUAUUAACUGCUUUUUGACAAGCACAAGAGUAGUCAGUGUGUUUGUGCUGCAGAUGUUUGGGACUGCAGUUGCUGUCAACUCCUGACUAUUGGCCUUGUCUAACCCCCCCCCCCCAAAAAAAACCCCUAUUUAAAAACAAAAUGGAACAAGCAUUUCCACUAACGCAGGAGUUUUGAUGCCUGUUCAUGUUUUCCAUAGGGCAGUUGUUGGUUAGCGGAGAGGAGGAGAGUGGCUGGAUCAGGCUCUGACGUUCAUAGCUGUCAACUUUUCCCUUUUCUUGCGAGGAAUCCUAUUCGGAAUAAGGGAAUUUCCCUUAAAAAAAGGAAAACAUUGACAGCUAUGCUGCCACUGUCUCGGCCCCCCUGCUUCCCUCACCGUCUUCUUUCUCCACAGAACUGUUGGCCUCCGUUAGCACCUGCCGGAAAACUUUUAAUUGUGUUUGGAUACCGAUUUUAUUAUUGUCCCUGAAGUUUAUUGCUCUAAGGCGAUGUUGGUUUUAUCAUCCUUCUGCCGCUUACGAGAAGUUGUUCAAGUGUUUCUGCUUUCUUCUGUUGGAUAGUUUAUGUCAACGUAACUUUUCUGUAUCAUGCCUUCUAAAUGACUUGCAAUGUCUUAUUUUUCUAAAACCAGCAGGGUAGGAAUAAUCGGAAUAAAUAAAUAAUCAUAAUGGAACAUUUUUUUCCUCAUUCUGCUUAUAUGGGUGGGAAGAACCUCUUUAAUUGAAUCACGCUUUAUAUAUACUCAAAUACAUCUUGUUCAUAAUAAUAACAACAACAAUAACAAUUAAUAUUUAUACUCCGCCCUCCCCGGCUAAAACCGGGCUCAGAGCGGCUAACAUCAAACGUAUAACACAUUAACAUAAAAUCAGGCAAUCAAUGAAAAUACAUCCUAAAAUCAGAUCAGGAAGUUGAAUUGAGGUUGGGUUAGGGUUUUUUUAAAUACUUUGCACAAUUCACAACCUACUCCUUGUCUUCAUGCCUUCUUAAGGAGAGGUCUGGGGCUGGCAGUUAUUACUAUUAAUAUUAUAAUUAGUUAAAUUUGUAUACUGCCCUAUAUCCACAGGUCUCAGUUGCUAAGUGAGAGUCAACUUGUUUAUUUUCUGAUGGAAAUUUUGUGAUUAUAAUAGGUACAAGGCAAGCAGAAACCUUGUUCAACAUUCAGGUGCCGUGCUGCGAACAGCUUCAUCUUCCUUUCAUGCAACUGUUAAAAGUCAGAGGAGCGCUGCUGGCAGCAGAAAGGUGGCAACCCUUAGCAGGGGCAGACUUUGGUAUUUCAUCGAUGCACAAAUGUGGUGCCCCCGCCUCUCACCCUCCGUUCUGCCCAUGCCGUGCCAUCGUUGCCACACCCUGUAGUGUCCCCUAGGCUCACUGCCCAGAGUGGUGGAACCGGUCACGCAAUUCUGCCUCUGCCCUUAUCCUAUUCAUUGUUGUCUGUGGAUAAUAAUACAGUGGAACCUUAGGUACCUAAGGGACGCGGGUGGCGCUGUGGGUUAAACCACAGGGCCUAGGACUUGCCAAUCAGAAGGUCGACGGUUUGAAUGCCCGCGACAGGGUGAGCUCCCGUUGCUCGGUCCUUGCUCCUGCCAACCUAGCAGUUCAAAAGCAUGUCAAAGUGCAAGUAAAUAAAUAGGUACUGCUCCAGCGGGAAGGUAAAUGGUGUUUCCGUGCGCUGCUCUGGUUCGCCAGAAGUAGCUUAGUCAUGCUGGCUGCAUAACCUGGAAGUUGUACGCCGGCUCCCUCGGCCAAUAAAGCGAGAUGAGCGCCGCAACCCCAGAGUCAGCCACGACUGGACCUAUUGGUCAGAGGUCCCUUUACCUUUAAGCCAAUACCACUCACAUGCUGUAGCCAAUAAAAGUUGUGGCCUAAUUUUGCCCAUUAACCUAAAAUAACGUGUCUGUGUGUCUUAUUAUAAUCCUAUGCGGGUGGAGGGUCCUCGACUCACAAGCAGCAGCGUCCCAACUGAAACAGAAUGGUUAUCUAAAAUGAUGGAAUACUUCCAUACUGCCGAAUUAACAGGGAGGAUAAGAGGAGAUAUGGUACAAAAAGUGAAUAAGGAGUGGGCUAUCGUUAAGGAAUACAUCAAAAGUUAUGUGGGAAAAGUAGAAUUUCUGACAGAUACUGAGUGAAUCCAGAAAAUGAUUAGAGUGAAAGGAGAGUAAAGUUAAGAUAAAAGAAGAGAUUAAAGAAAUAAUGAAAUGUGUUUAAGCUAGUUGGAAAAAUAAAGUAGCGUAACAAGAAUGGCUGGAAGUCAAGUCACUUGGUGGGUGUCCGUGGGGGUAGGUGUGUAGGUAUGUUGAUAUGUAUAGUAUAGGUAGGUAUUAUAUAGAGUAAUGUAGGUAUGUUUUAUGUUAUGAAAAUAAGGUAGUGUGUUGUGUACGUGUGUUGUGUAAAUGUACAGUGGUACCUUGGGUGAAGUACUUAAUUCAUUCCGGAAAUCCGUUCUUAACCUGAAACUGUUCUUAACCUGAAGCACCACUUUAGCUAAUGGGGCCUCCUGCUGCCGCCGCGCCGCCGGAGCCCAAUUUCUGUUCUCAUCCUGAAGCAAAGUUCUUAACCUGAGGUACUAUUUCUGGGUUAGCGGAGUCUGUAACCUGAAGCGUAUGUGACCUGAGGUACCACUGUAUAUGUAAAUGUAUAUGUAUGUGUUUUAUAUGUUAAUAAAAAAAAUAGAAACCGCGCAUGCGUGGCAGUUGACGGGUGCCCCAUCAGGGAUUCUGCACCGUAAUUUCACAGGGAUGAUUAAGGAGGUGGGCUUCUUCUAGCCACGUUUUCAUUUAUUCCGUAGAGUGGUUCUCUUUUUUAAAAAAACAACAACAGUAGGUUACAAAAAAAAGGUGUUGUUUUGUAUAGCACUGGAAUUUUUAAGGCCCCCCCCCAAUUAAAAAUGGUACUUCAUCCAGUCGCACAGCAAACAGUAUUCCAGACAGUAAUUAACGUUGUGAGCUGCAUUGAGAUCUACAUAAAUGAAUAAAAAUUAAGAAUGGAUAGAUUAGUCUAGAACAGGGGUGUCCAACUGGUCAACCGCGAUCAACUGAUUGAUCCCCAGGAGGUUUGGGUCGAUCGCAGGCUCUUUUUCGUUUGGGGGGGCAGAGGAUCCAGCCCCACCCCCUCGCCCCGUCCUCCAUUCGCACAUGAUCGCUUGAACGGAAGACGUAGUACUCGCUGUGAGGCUCUUUGCUUCCUGAUCGAUCUUUCAGGGAGCGACUUGUUCCUUUCCCCCUAAAGACAGCUUUACAUUUUUUACCUGCCCCUCUAAAAAACAUUUUUGACUUGAACCCCUCGAAAAGGGUCAACAACUUUGACUUUCCUCCCUAAAAACAGCUCGGCAACUUUGACCUGAACCCCCCAGGGGUAGAUCACUGCCAGUUUUUUAUUCUGUGAGUAGAUCGCAGUCUCUUGGGAGUUGGACAUCCCUGUUCUAGAAGGCAAAAGGUUGUGCAUUCACCGCCACUUGUUAGUGUAUUGAUCACACAACCCUGUAGGCUAAUAGCAAACUCAUUCUCUUUUGAGUGUGGACCAUGGACUCUCUGAAGCAUCACCAUCCCUGCACAUCGAAGAGGUGGAAGCAGGCUUGGAGGAACCUUAAGGUGUACAGAGAACCUGAAUGCAGAGAAAUCCUCUCUGAAAUGUCCCACUGAGGACUGAGUAUGCUCAGUAGCCACCAAAUCUUGGCUGACUGUUGCAGGAGAGGAAAUGGGAAACUAGAAGGGGGUCACGGGACCAGCCCUCCCCACUGCAACAGGUUGUGGCUGGUUCCAGUUGCCGAACCUGUUUUUCAUGUGGAUUUUGCAGCUCAUUCUAAGCAUGGACUCCCAUAUCUAGCUGCAGCUUCCUUGUCCGCAUGCCUGACUUCUCCAGGGACUAAACAUUGGUUUCUUGCAAACAUUUCAGAAGGUUGUUGUUGCUGAAGAAGGUGGAGACUUAGGUUCCCAGUUAGUUACUGCUUGUCCAUACCGACUGUCCGGACCUGGGACUGGUGCUAUUCAGAACUUCUUUUACUACUUCUGUUGGAGUACAGAGGGAAAUGACAGCUGUGUAUAAGAGCAUGACAAAUCAGUUGUCGCCCCAUUUCUCUUGAAUCAUUUGUAUACAAGAGAUAUUUGUUGUUGUUGUUUCAAAUAAUAUUUAUUAUUUUCAGUAGGUAAACAUAAUAAAAAAGAAGAGAUUAACAAUAAUAAAGACAAACAAAAAACAAGAGAAAAAAGAAAAAAGAUACAUACAACAUAUUGCCACUUAAUUAAUUAAAAUUAAGCACCAUCCAUCUUCAAAAACAUAGUAUUUGACUUCCUCGAAUCUCUUCCAUCCGAAUUUCUUAGUUAUUAUAUGUAGCAGUUUCCAAUAUCAGUGUUUCAAAAGACCAUAUCACAGUCCUAAUCAUAUUACAUAACUUUCCUUAUCGUACAUUUUCUUAUUUGUAAAUUUAAUUCCAUUUUAAUCCUAGGCCUAAUUGUUUCUUUUAAGUGAUUAGAUUUCUAUAAUAUUACAAUAUUUAUUCAAAUAGUCUUUAAAUUUCUUCCAAUCUUCUUGGUGUUCCUCUUCUUUCUGGACGCGGAUUCUCCCGGUGAGGUCAGCCAGCUCCAUAAACUCCAUCAUCUUUAUCUGCCAUUCUUCUACCUUUGGUAACUACAAGAGACAUUUGAAUGAGGAGCCAUUACAGAGCCUCUGGCCUGCCAGGCAUCCUCAGUGGCAAUUGAGGCUCCUGUAGCUUUCCGUAUGUUGUUGGAUUCCAUCAGCCCCCACCAGCAUGGCCAACGGUCAGGGAUGAUGUUGCCUGAUGACAUCUAGUCUACUCUAACAUGUCAGUUUCUGUUUGGGUGAGGGGGGAAUGUGGGGGAAUGUUCAGGGUGGCAGGAGAGGAUAUAUUGUUUACUAAUAUCCUUCCUAACUUGCACUAGCAAGUUCCUUUACUUAGCAGAAUUACAAUCCCCUUUUACAUGCACAGCAGAUGGCUGGUUGCAGGCUCGUGCGAGCUUCUCACUAUUAUACAAUUCAGUUUGUCUCAGAUUGAAUUGUACGUUCCUGGUAAGUUCCCUUGAAUCCCUCUUAAAAGAAUAAAGACGCCACAAUCUCACUCAAAGUCAGUAAAAGAAGUUUACUUACAUCAGUUCACAGUUGGAUUCCUGAAGACAGACUUAGUUACAAAUAUGUACAUGUGGAUCUACCCCAUAUAGGGGAAUGAUCCCAGUGCUUCUGCUAGAUGAGAGCUAGCAGAGCAGUCCUAGCUAGAAGCUGGUCAAGCGAAGAAGGAGGUAAAAAAGAAGGAAGGGUGCUGCGCGACUCUUCCUUUUGUUACCUGGGCAGGUAAGGUCACGCCCACCUUCUAUCACAUGCAAAAGGGAGGAUGCUCCAGCCAGGAGGAACAGGAAGUUUUGACUGGCUGGACCAAACAUUCCCCUGCAUGUCUCCUCUAGCAUUACAAGGAAUGUUGUACUUGACUGCCUCUCAUGGAUCACAUCCCACAGGAUGAGCAUGGCAGCAGUCACUUGCAGACAUGUGCAUGUGACGACAGAUGAGAUACAUGGAUGGGAACCCGCCUAGGAAAGAACGGCGGCUCAUCACUCCAUGCCUUUGGGUGUAUUCGUGUAGACCGUCACUGAUCUAGAUCGCUUAACUAUGUGUUCCCUUUUUUCUCCCUCCCCUUUAUUCGUUGCUUCCUCAGUAUUUUCACCACCCAGUAGUCAAGAUUCUGGCUUGGUUUCCCUUUCCAGCAGCUCUCCCAUCAGCAACGAAAGCACCAAAGCUGUGUUGGAGUGCGAGUCGACCUCCGAUUCUGGGACCUUCACUGUUCAUUCUGUCAUGGAAGACGGUGAAUGAGCAGCCCUGAAGAAGCUCCUCCUUGGACGUCUUGGGAAAGUGCCUUCUUGUUGAGAUGUGUUUGGUUUCUGAUGAUUGAUGCCGAUGUAACCGUUGAGAAAAUGUUGAGUUUAUUCCCUUUGUAUUGUUCCGCACAAUGUGAUUUGCAACCUCUUAGUUUAAGGACGCAAGUCUUUCCCAUUAGGGGGGCCCUGGGAGUUCCUUGGGGUUAAUCCUAGUAUAAAAAAGAUAAUACUUUGCAGAUAAACUGUGAUCAAAGUUAAGUGAAUGGCUAAGCUACUUAUAUAAGCAAGAUUUCUACAGCGCACAAGAGUUAGUUCUUCAACAAAGACAAGAUAAAAUUGUAAAAAGGGCUUUCAGUAUGAUGAAGAUUUUAAGAAAUUGGCAUAAAGGUUGAUAAUUCUCUUAUCACAAAAUAAUUCUUUCAGCUUUUAUUUUUUAAUGACAGUAAAACAGAAUGUGCGAGUCAGAGUAAUGUUCUAGGAUUUACAAACCCCUUCAUAAAUGCUGCUUUCUAUCUAUUUGUAGGCUGCAAAAGUAGGGGGGCGGAGUUUAAGUAAGAAUAAUACUUUCAACAAAAAUCUGGUGAGUUACCUUCAUGGUUGGAUUUUUUUAUGGAAGAUGCUAGAUUUUGGCUAGGCAUUUAUUCUGCUAACAGCAUAAAAUUAACAUAAAUUUAGUA